UUGGAAAUUCUGUUUGCAAUAAAAAUGUGUUGAUUAUUCUAAAGGACCUGGAUAACCUGAAAUCUUGCACAGGAAAUCAGAAAUUGUGAACAGAUUAUCACACUGUGUAAUUCUCUGUCAAUGUUAGACAGUGGCACAGUACUAUAUGAGCACAGCUGUGGGUCCAAUGAAUUAUCUUUCCAGUUCAAAAAAGCUGGCAGUCUCAGAGCUGAAAACACAAGACUGUUUUAUUGGGGCUCUAGGGUCUUUUAAAAAUCUGGAUGCACAUCUCUGAUCCCCUUUAUAGUACAGCCCAGAAACAGCUGUUUGGCUGAAAGGUGAAGACAGGAUCCUUUCAACCAGCUGUGUUGGUGGAGAAAUAGUAUGAAACUUUAGUGUGGGAUUUUUGACUGUGUAAAAAACCAAACAACCCCUCCAUGGGUCACUUGGCAGGUAUGGUUUAGAGAGUGACCAAAGGAAGUACCUUCAGAUGGAGGUAGGGAAGGCAAGUGUGACCAGUGAUAAAAGAGAUGUGUGGACUGAGGAUUUUUUUGAGCCAGUUAGGCUGCCAAGGGUCUCUCAGCUUGGAACCACAUCUCCAGGUGCUACAUGCGCAGAUGAGUCUGGAUAUUUCCUCCCCCAAGGUUGGUAUGGCUCUGCCAUGUUGAGGUUGAGAGGUUACAGCCUGUUUCAGCUUUAGGAAACAUAAUUAUUCAUUUUAAUAGCAUAAGAAGUAUAAAAGAGUACAAGUCAAGUGGUUGUUGGUCAAGUGGUCCUGUCAUCCAAGGGUUUGGCAGAAAUAUGUAUUGUGUGGUCAUUUUAUUAGAAGUGGAGGAACAGUGGUUUCCUGUGAAUAGAUAUUGUGGGGUGAGAGAUGUCUGAGAGGUGAAGAGCAGGGCAGGGCUCUUUUGAGUAGGUCUCUCUGUAGCUGGACAGCUGAGGUGUCUACAGGCCACCCCUGCAAACCUACAUCUUGCAUAAGUUGCACAGGCCUGGUUUGAUGUGCAUGAUGGCCAUUGCUGGGCUUUGCAGUGGUCUGCCACGUUCCGUGUCUCUGUUCUGGGUUGUGUGGCCUGGCGCUGGCAUGGCAGAGGCACGAGGGAUGGACUUGAAGGAAAGGGUGCGAGCUGGUGAUCAGGUGCCUAAAGGAGAGGGCUUACUGACAUCUGGGCUCUCACCAAGGCUGGAGGAGCACCAUCAGGAGCCCAGCCAUGCUGGGGCCAUGCCAGCUGCUGGAAAGGCAGUAAGAAGGGAUGAAGAUAUGCUUCUCCCAGAGUGGUUUCUAUGCAUGGGAUGUGUGGUUUGGUGCUUGAAAUUUAUGGUUUGCCUCUGUUGGAAGUAAUUCAGGAAUAACUGCUUUUGCUUGUGGUUUCCAUCCUGUUUCCCUAAUAACAUUCACAUGCAAACAGUCCACUGCCGCGCCCAGGGGUUGGGGUUUGCAUAUAUUCAGCAUAAAUAAAAAGCGGUACAAGCUUCAGCCUGAGCCUUCUCCCUUUUGCUUGUGUGGGUUUUGGGGGUUUUUGAGGGGAGUGAUUUAUUUGUUUGUGGGGGAUUUUUUGUUGGAUGGUUUGGGUUUUUUUGUGUUUGUUUGGUUGAUUUUCCCAUCAAGCCUCCUCGUCUUUAGCAUUUUCCUUUCUUUGAGUUGGUAAAAGUGUUUUCUGUCUGUGGCAAUGGUAGCGAUGUUGGCUAGGGUGGACCUCAAGACAUCUCUUAUCUCCACCGCCGUCAGUGGCAGCUUCUGCACGUCUGCAGGUUUCCUUCCCCAGGGCAUCAGGUUUUCCCUCUGCUUUCUGUAGACUGCCCUUCCAGAUGGCCAACUCUCCUGCAGGAGGAAGCACCCCCAGGCAAGGGCACUCAUUGCAGCUCCUCAGUCUGAAAGAGUCAUAAAUACAUGAAGUUUGUUUGUGCUUUUCAUUACAGUGGAUUAACAGGAGGAGCUGCUGUGUCCACAUGCUCCCAAGGGGAGGAUCUGCACUAAAAUGUCUGCAUAACAGGAUGGGGCAGGGGGUGAAAAAACCCUUUUGAGAGCAAUGUCCCUGGGCUGGGUGUGGGUGACUUGGGGUCAGUGAUCUCAGAGGUCAUUCAUGGGUCUGACUACAGCUUGCUGUCUUAUCUUUAGCUCUUUGUUUUCUUCCUUCUUUGGUGUUUGCGUGACCAUACUGCUGAGCCUGGGUGCUUGUGGCUGUUGUGAAAGCUGCUGGCAGUGACCACUGGCAGCUUGCUGCCAUGCCAAAAUAAUCCAGCCACCUCCUUAUGGGUCUCCAGUGUCAGGUUGAGGAGCAAGGAACACGGUGGGAGGAGGUGAGGAUCUGUGAGACUAUGGCCUCGCUGGCCCUCAGUAAGCUGGGCAGGGAGGCAAAGCACCAUCGGCAGGGGCUGAGCGCUGCCGCCUGGCACAGCCCCAGCUUUCCUGUUGCUGGAGGACACGUAGGUGGAAGGAAGGAGGGAGGGAGGGAGGCGCAGGAGUCAAGCUUGUGCAGGUCCACCUUCAGUUAGAUGUGGGAAAGCAAGUGAGCAGCAAUUCCUACAAUGGUGCUCACUCUAUGGUGUGUUUAACAUAACCCACAGAAUGGUUGGUGUUGGAAGGGACCUCAAAAGAUCAUCUAGCCAAACCCACCUCCUAAAGCAGGUUCACCUAGAGCAGGUUGCACAGGAAUGUGUCCGGGUGGGUUUUGAAUGUCUCCACAGAAGGAGACUCCACAGCCUCUCUGGGCAGCCUGUUCUAGUGCUCUGACACCCUUAAAGUAAAGAAGUUUUUCCUCAUAUUCAGAUGGAACCUCCUGCGCUUCAGUCUGUGUCUGUUGCCCCUCAUCCUAUUGUUGGGCACCACUGAAAAGAGCCUGGUCCCAUCCUCUUGACACCCACCCUUGAGAUAUUUAUAAACCAUCCUUCUCGGACAUAACGUAAAGGAAUUAAAGAGCUGCCUUGCAACAGGAAUUGUUUUAUUUAGACCUGUCGUAUAGAAGUGGAGGGAUUCAAAUAUUCCUGUGGUGUAUUUGCAUCUGUGGGGCUACAGUGGUGGGUGUCUGGUCCACGAACUGCGCUGACUGCAAAAAUAGGCUUAGAUUGCAGGAAUGGCUAAGGUUGUUACUGAGAUGCACAAAUGAUUAAAUUACACUGAUUUUGUUUCACUUUCAAUUCCAGGCCCUCUGGGAAAAUGAAAAAAAAAAAAGGCAAUUUUGGAAGAAGACAUUUUUGAAAUAAAAAAUAAAUCAGUUUUAAUAACAGCUUAACUACACAGUUAUGCACCAAAACUACUGCAAGAGGAGCAGAUUAAAAAAUCAGUUGCUACUGUAUCUCUAUAACAUGAGUAUUUGAAAUUCGUAGACAAUCACCAAAUACUUUGCAAUCAGAAUAUCUAUUCAUGUUUUAGGAGGAUAAUAUUAUUAUUCUUCAAAUAAGAUACAGAGUGACAUAGUGGUAGUGCUUUCUUAAUAACCAUCCAUUAAGCUCAGUUUAGAAAGCAUUGGUUUUGUUAUUAAAAUUACUCCACAUAUUUGAGACAGACUUCAGCUAACAACUGCCUAACACGUGCUAGACACAUAUUGAUUUUUUUUGUCUUAGUCCAACGUUUCCCCUGGGCAUCAUAUUAUUUAUUCAUAAAGCAGAAAUGAUGUCUGACAGGCAGUUAGAAGGGUGUAGAGCUGUAGCCCUGAAACAAUGUGAAAAGCUUUGCAAGGACCCCAAGAAAUCAAUGUGCUGAUGCUAAAGAGCAGCCUUUUAAUUCUGAGCACACAUUCUUGCAAUCAUUCAGUGUGGAAAAGGGAAUUUAAAUAACAAAUAGUUACUAUGAAGACUGUAGGCCUAAAUUUUCAUUCAUCUUUAUUCCAAUUAUCCGAGCCAAGGUGGAAGGAGGAGCUGAAGGCAGCUGGCCAAGCCCAGGCACCUCUCCGCCUUAAAGCAGCCUUGCUGCUCUAGCCCUGAUUUGCACAUUUGUAUGUAGAUUUCUAUGGGAUAUUUUUAUCAAUAAAGAUUUGAAACUUGAACUUUGUUCAGAGAGCCAGAUAUUCCUAAAAUGUGCAUGAUUCAUACCAACUUACUCUAAUUGAGUGUUAGACUGAUGUCUAUACAGCAGAUUAAAAUAAUAAACAGCUCAUACUUUUAGAAUGCAAGUUGAAAUAUUUUGAUAAGCUAGUCAUUGUGAUAGACUUGUUUGAAAAAAAUAAGGCAAAAGGAGAUUUGUUCUGGUUUUGUUCGUUCAAAAUUAGAUCACAGCAUACUAUCAAGCAGUAUUUGCUGGUGGCAGAUAUAUUUUAUUUCCAAAAAUGUCUAUUGAAAAAAAAUUGAACUUGUGGGUAAUCUUAGGAAAAUUUUUAUCUGACCUUAUUCUUCUCUCAGCCAAAUAAAUAACUUUAGUUAUUAAGUAUUGUAUUUGAAAUGAGAUGGACAUCUGAAUAUCUCGUCAAAUCAGACCACUGUGGAAUUUGUUUCUUGUUAUUUAAAACACAAAUAAUGCAGUCAAAAAAAUAAUCAUGUAAUUAAAUAUUUCAUCUUAAUGUAUAGACACAAGAGAGCUGAACUGAAUUUGCUCUGGCGUUUCUUGACUUUCUAGUACUUGACUUUGAACCUGAAUGUUCUUUGAUAUAUAGGGCUGGGAAUUUCAAAAUUUGCUUUGCAUAUUUUAAGGGGGGAUGGGAAAUAUAAGAAAAUAAUUAAUUUCUACUCUAUAGACAUGAAAGCUUUCUCUUGGUUAAUAAAAAGGUCAUGUUAUUUACAGUGAAACCAAGGCACACAGUAACCUCACAAAGCUACAAAGUUCAUGCAUAUUCCUUAAAUCGUUCUGCAGAACACCUUAUAGCUGUUUUCCGCAGGGAAGUCUUUGACCUCUUCAGUCAUUAAACAUCACAAUAAAUGCAAUUUUAAAUCACUCAACUGGGACAGCAUAAUAUGCGUCCAUCCAGAAAAAGGAAGAGUGCCUGAAGCAUGCACACAUUUAUAUUUUUUCCCCAGGAAGUGGUAUGGUUUUAAAAAUAAGGGAAAAAUGUGAUACCUUGUUGGUAUCUUCUAGGAAAUCAAAUGUAUGAACUUUCACAUUUAGUGUUCUGACAUAUGAAGAUGAUGGCAUUGGCAAAGCACUGCAGUGUUUCCAUCUGCCUUUCAUGGAUUUGAAAAUCCAAUUUCACUUGACUUGAUCUGAAGAAAGGGUAGCAAAAAUGACAUUUUUCUGGGCUACUGUACAUGUUGCAAUGGGCACAUUUUUUACAGUUGCUAUCUGAUGAGAAUAUGAAGUCAUGAAAAUACUUCUUUUCUAAAAAAUGCAUGCAUUUUGAUUUGCUCUUGCCAAUUCUUUUGAAUGCUGCUGUUAACUCUCAAGAGUUCCGAUGUAUUUACAAGUAGGUUUUAAAUAACAAAUAUACUGCAUAGAGUUAAGUGUGUCUGAAUGUUUAGUGGGUUUAAAUGUCACUUUUCCAAACUGUUAAACAACAGCUGUAAUAAUAAUUCUUUUAAUCUAUUUAGAAAGCUGGUAGCCAGUCAGUUAAUGGAGUUUGUUCAUCCAAAGCUCAACUGCAUCUCUCUGCCUCUCUGAACUCUAUUUUCUUAAUUUAGUUCUGUCAUUACUGUUGUCAGGAACAUAACUCUCUUGCUUUUGACAGCAGAAUACCUACCCCUAGAUAAAGCACUAAAACAUGAAUACAGGCAUUUUCUGCUUCACCAACCUGGAGUGCUCUUCAGGACACUCAGACAGAGGAUGACACCCAAGGUCUCCCACUUGUCAGGGGAGAGAAGCAGCUACUUUUAGGACAUGGUUCAUUUAACAUAAUUUGGAGGCUUAUUUUAUUGUAUGGUAAGUUGCAUCUUAUAAGAGCCUUACAGGAUGCUGUAGUCUGAAGGGAUUGUAGGUACCCGGUUGUGGGGUGGAAUUCAGCUUCAGGCUGAUACAAGCAUGUUGAGUUACUUCUGAGCAUCUAGGUCCACAUGUGAGCAAAGCAUCUCCCUUCACGUCAGUGGAGAUGUCCUUUGGGUGUCAAUUCUUAAUAGCUUUUAAAAGAUGUAGUGAAGAGCAAUAAGCAAAAAAAAUGAAAGGUAAGCAUAUUUUUAAAAGGCAUUUCAUUGUUAAGGUUUAUCUGAAGACAGUACUGCAAAAAGAUUUUCCUUAAUUUUGUGAUGUUGUGUUCCUAAAAUUGCUUUCUUCUCAUGCUUUGUUGGAGCUUUUGAUGAAAAGUGGUUGAUUUGGAAACUACCGUUAAAAAGGUCGUGUAUGGGAAGAAAACAUCUGCCUUUUUCUAUUUGUACCUUUUUUCCCCCUAAACAAUAGUUUACCUAAGGUCAACAUGUCUUGAGUGAACACCUUGCCCCAUCAAACAAACAUAUUUUCAGAGGCUUAGUAAGAGGCUGGCAGAUAUUAGUCCAUGUCAUGGAUCAGUUGAAUAAAAGGCUGCACUGCUGUCAAGACUGUCAUCUACUGAAAGGCAAAUGUGUUUUAAGACCAAGGUUCAUUACUGAGCUCAAAUGGAACCCAGAUGCCUUUGCUCUCUUAACUUUGUAAAAUGGCUGAGCAAAGGAGAUAACAGAAAAAAACAUUAUCUGAAAUAUUUCUAACAAAAUUAAAUAGCUAGUACAUAUGUGAAUCAAUUUAUAAAAGACCAAAUUAGUCGUUGAACACAGAAGUUUCCGGCUGUUGUGUACAGAUAUUUUAGGAGUCAUUAGGAGAUAGUAGUUCAUGAAAACAACCAACUUAGCUAACAAUGUCCUGGGAUAAAAAAAAAUCAACUGUGAAGGAUAUUGAAUAAGUCAUUCUUCUUCCUCCAGAGAUGUCUGUGGGCCAAGAGGUGUUUAGGGGCCAGUCCUAGGGAUGCCUGUGGUCGUGAAGCAAUGCCACCCCUCAGUGCUCUGUCAGGCACGGUCCACAUAUAGCUUGUCUAGCUUUUACCUUGUUCAAACCUGCUGUAAAAAUAAACCUGUUUUCUUGUGAGCAUUUCUGUAAUAUUCAUCUAUCUCUCAUAAUAAUGGUAGUGAGAAGCAGCCUGAUUUACAUCCAAAGCUCUUCCAGCCCAUCCGUUCACACAUCCCUCCAGUUCAUCUGCGUAUCUGCUUCAUUGCUGACCUGCCAUGUAUCCAAAACAGCAUCUGUGGGCUUUAUUCACUGCUACUGCCGAGGUUAAGGAUAAGCUGUGGGCAGACAUCAACAUACUUAACCUCAUUUUCUCCUUUUAAAUCCCUUCUUAAAAUCUCCUCUGCCAUAAUCCCUGAAAAAAAAAAUAAAAUAAGUAGGUUAGUGAUGUGUUACAGCCACUGCCUCCUGUGUUGACUGAUGCUGUUUCUUUGUUUCCUCCUCCUUCCUUGUCAACCAUCCCUAUCUGCUUACUGACCUUUAUUUUAUGUUUAAUUGUGACUCUCAGAGGCAAGAACCAUCAUUUUUGUUCUCUUAGAGCACAGCCUCCAGUGUGCCUGUAUCCUGACCUGGGGUUCCUAGGUGCUACCAUGGUGCAAGAAAGAGAAAAUAGCUGUGAUGGCUCAAUGCUCCGCAGCUUUCAUAGGCUUCUUCACAGCAUCAUGUGAGGAAAAUGAAUUAUUGUAUGGCAGUGGUGAAAAAUGAAGGCAUAUGUCUUUAAUAAGGAAUGUUCUUAAAAUAUUACUAUGAAUUUUGAAUAUCUGAGCUGAAAUACAGAGUGUCUUUUUUCUUAAGAGCCUGGGCAGGUGUGGGUGGCUUUGCACUUGCACCACAAAAGGUUCCUCCACACCAGCCACGUGUGUGGAGGAUUUUUACACCAGUACUAUUGAAAUAUAAAUAUUAUAAUAGAUAUAAAUAUUAAAGAUUUUUUUGUUGUUUUAUUGCUGUUACUACUCAGUUAGUUUUCUUACAAUUUAAGUUAAACUUAAGUGUCUUUUAUUGCUUCAAUAAGAGUUAUGCAAAUUGGAGUAGGACAUUUAGUGAACAAAUGUUUAUUGAGGGACAGUAGUCUUCCUGUAGGUUGCGUAUGUCAUGAAAGUACUCCAGUGUGCUGUUAAAAGCAUUUGCUCCUUUUUAUUGAAAAGUAGGACCUACACACAAUACAUGCCAGUAUAAGGUGGGAUAAAGUUUAGCUACCAUUUGGGAUAGGAAUAUUGUAAUUGACAUGGAAUCUAUUUUUUUUAUAUCUCUGUUGGCAAAUCUCAGUGUUGGACUUUUAUUAUACACAUUUUGAUGGUGUUCCCUUCCUGAAAUCAUGCUAAAUCUCAAUGUAUGGCUUUUUUUAGUGUAUAGGAACAUCAUGAUUUUAAAUGUCACUGUCUGUGACACAUUUGAGACAAGUAGUAUGUACCAAGGUGAAACUAAACUGCCUUUUCAGUGGUGUAAAUCCUCUUUGUGAUAUCUUUAGAUGGGCUGUUGCUCUGUUUCAGUAAAGUAGGUUGAAGGUCCAGAUACCCUGUGUCUUUGGUGUGGAUAAUGUCUCCAUUUUCACGUGAUAGACAAGAGGAAUGUAUCCAUCACAAGUUGACUCAGUUGAUGAUGGUGACUUGGGGUUGCUGGCGUAUGCUGUGAGAAAAAUUAGUGAAUAGGAGAAGCACAUAAACAUCAUUUGCAUGUCUUCUGUAUUUGCGGGAUGUUUGUCAGUAUGUGCGUGUGUAAUGCAUUUCUAGUUGUUGCUUGAACAAACAUAGUUGAGGCAACGCUACAACACUUUUUACUGGUGGGAAAGGGGUUAUAGAGUGAAAAUUUAAAAUACCCAAAGCUCAGUCUCUAAAAAUAUAUGAUAUAAUACAUUUCUUGCUUAUUGAGGAUUUUAUACAAUGGAUCUGAAAAUAGAGAUAAAACAAAACCACAAAAUCAGAAGUAUUUAGGUCAAGCUUGUCCAAACUGAAUUAAAAUGUAUUUGGAAGGGAGAUCUAUAAGAUGCAACUAAGUUAGUUUGUUUUUGUUCCUUCAGAGAGUCUGACCUGGAAAUCCAUGUUCAGGGCAGAAGAGGAGUUCAGUACCUGUGGGACUCCAGCUGCAGGGUUCUCCUCCCUGCGGACACUGUCAGCAAAGCUGCCCAUGACAAUGGCACUUGCUGUAGUGUGGGCGCUGGGCUUCUCCCAGUCCUGCUCAGAUCAUCCCUUCAGGUCAAGCAACCAUCCCACUGUAGCAACUUGGCUCAGUAGUGUCUUGACCAGCAAUUAUGUUCAGUACUGGGACUAAACUCUACUAAAUUCUCUUCCAAGUAUUUUAUACAUGGCAUAACUUAACAGCUACUUGGAAAUUUAGAUUGACUAUUGUUAAUUAGUGAAAUAUCUACAUAUUAAUUCUCUAGUUUUUCUCAAUAAAAUAUUUAGAACUCUCUGCCUUGACACCACCAAGAAUGGAUUUGGGCUUCAGCUUUCAGCCUUACCUCUGGAUGUUCUUAUGGUCGCAUAUUAAUAGACUAUACCUUGUCUGAAGCUGUCAAGGUGUUUUGUGGCCAUCCACUGAACAAAGAGAGCGGCAAACUUCUCAUUGUAUAUAAACUUUAUUCAGAGCCACCAAUGGCCUUUUUUUUUUUCAGAGCUAGUGAAGCUGUAGUCUGAAACUCACUUCGAGGUAACUGAAAAAUAAAAUGAGAAGAAUCAGUCCUAUCAAUAUACUAUAUGCUGUUUCUAUUUAGAGGCCUUUUCAGCAUGUCUUUGCAAAUGAUUGCUGUAAAGCUUUUAAUGUUCUUGCAUUGCAAGUAGGUGAGCAACAUUUUCAGUGCUUAUUCAUAGCAUAUAGUCUUGGCAUAUAUUCCUGCAGUCCACAUCAGGCAGAAAUCCCCCUUGAAUUAAAUAGGCUUUUUGCCUGACACAGUCUCUCAUUCUAUCUAAAUUAUCAGUAACAGAUUUAACUUUAAAUAAUUUUUUGCUCUGGGCACAUUCCCUCAUAAUUGCCCUCCACUAGUAAAUACUUCACUGUAUCAGUGAAAUACAGGAGCUUUUAAUUCUUUAAACUCAGCAACCAUCUUUUAUUUCAGGAAAGAGAAGUUUGUUGGAAGAGAAGUUUGCUUUGGUUUUAUGGUAAUAGAGAUCACUCUUAAAAACAAAACCUGAGUGUAGAAGUAGGAAAUUGCCUUAUGAAAUUACUGCCUUAUAAUAUGUGAAAUAUGAAGUUUUUCCUCACUGAACACCUCCUGCAUUAGAGAUUGGGCAGCCAGGUCUAGGAGGGUUGGUUCUUUUUUUUAAUGCUUUCAUUUUCCAGGUAUGCAUUAAUAUUGAGAAGAGGCUGAUUCAUGCUAGACUACAUUUUUGGUAUGGAUUUAAUUCCACCAGGAAUCGGGGGAGUGCAUGGCAGCUGGCACAACAGCGUUUUUAAUCAAAUAAUAGGUUCCAUCUGGUGGGGAGUCAACUGAGUUCUAAAGCAAACGUGACUUAAUGUAGGUCUUCCUUAUUUCUUCAAUAAAACAUGUUACCUUUGCAUAUUAAGCAAAUAUAAAUGGAGGAAGGGAAGGGAAGGAAACCAAAUUCGUACAUUUUCUAGAAAUAAAACUAAUCAUUAUAACCUCAUAAGGUGAAUUAAACAAGGGAGAAUAGGGAGUUUUGUGUUCUGCAUGAUAACUUAUCUUGCACUCUUCUCACAUAUCAUGAAAGGAUUUCUGUUUUGCAGGUGUGCUUGUGUUUACAAGAUUUCAUUUUCUAUACUCUGUCCUUGAAUAUUGCAUUGGGUGCUCUUUAACUACCUACUACUGUCACCAGAAGUCACUGACACUUUUUUCAGACAGUCGCUUUUCAGUUAUGUCUUUUUCUCUGCUCUUGCUAGAAGUUUAGAGAUUUUGAUAGGAUUCAGAUAACGAGGAUCCUAUUGAUAUGUAUAGCUGAAACAAUGUGAUUGUGCUGCAAAGCCAAAUGUAAGGGUACUGGAAAGGUCACUGCGUAUUGAAAAAUGUCAACAGGUGCUGCAUUUUCAAUUAUUUUUCUUGUUAGUUUCUGUCCCAUGAUCUAAGCUCAGCAUUUAGCCAGGACAAGCAACUCAUUCAUCACUUGAUGCUUACCGAGGCUUAGUUCAUGCUGUUGAAAGAAAUGGUAAAUGCUACAAAACAAACAGAACAUUGGCUAAGGCUUUUUCUUCUCCUAGCUUUCUUCCCAUCUGGAAGCUGGAAGUUGUAUGCUGGCUAGUUGCUUUUCUGUAAUUUUGCUGUUGGAUGUUCCUGGCAGAACCAAGGUGAAGUCCAGCAUCCCCUACGAGAAUCAGCAGGGUCUUGGUGGGAGCAGAUAUCCUGCUGUCCUGUCUGCAGCCAAGAGGAAUGAACCUUUGAGGAGCUGAUAACUCCCAUUCCAUUAGCUGGAGCUGCAGAGAUUUGAUUUUUCAUACAGUCCAGCCUGAAAAUAAAUGAAGUAGGAAAAAAGCAUGUCUGAUGUGAGGAGACCCUUUCUGAGCUGAGCGAUCCCCAUUCCCGCCCAGUCCCCCUGAGGUCACUUGUUUCAGUCGGGAACGGCUGCAUGGUAGCAAGAUGAAAGCCAUUGGGAGCAGUCAGACCUCUUCAUGACAUCUGCUCAAAGUGUGCCUACAAGGUAAGUUUUCCCCUAAAAAAAAUCAUUUAUUUUUUCUUUAUAUGUGUGUUCAGAACUUCAUCCUCAGUAGAAGUCCUAUGGAAGAAUACUAUAGAGCAUUUUUCUGUAGAUGGCUGCAAUUAACAUCAGUCUAUUAAUCCAGACUAGCAAGAGAGUAUUGAUUGCAGUGAUUUUGCACUACCUUCUGACAAAAGGGAAAAGUGAUGAGAGAAAAACAAAGCCAAAUUGAUCUCAUAAUUUCAGAAGCUGUCUUGAAAAUAAAAAUAAAUAUUCACAUAGCUUCAAUUUAUUGCCUGUAUUAUUUCCAUGAUGUUUCUUUAGUUAUUGUCCGCUUCUGACAGCAUUACAGUAUAUAUUAGAGACCUUUUGUGUUAGAUUUGGUUUUGCUAGGUCAGUCGCCUUUUUCCUCAUGUAACUUAUUGAUGCCAUAAGUAAGUUUAAAAUGGUUUUGAAUGUCGAAAAUGCACAGAAAAAGAAAAAGGUAGUCUGAGAUAUGGAAAAUACUAAUAGGACUUUGAAAGAGAUGCUUAGGUAAGCUUUUAUAUUGAAUGUUAUUAAGAGUUUAUAUUAAGCUUCUGUUAUGCAUUGGUAGUUCAGGAGUGGCACUGGAAGCGUGAUUGUUUGUGUCAAAUUUAUUUUGGUGCCAAAUGCUAGAUUUGAAACUUUUUUUUUUUUUUUUUUUUUUAUACAGAAGCAAAACUGCGUCUUUUGGAAGCAUUAAUCAAGCAAUAUGGAGAAAAAUUCAUCCCAAAGCAGUGAAGUGUAUUUUGGCCAGGCACUUUGCUGUAGCACCAAGAUCCCAGCCUCAGAUCUCACAUGUGACACGUCCUGAACUAAUGCUGUCAAAUACAGUCAGCAGCUUUUGGUCAGAGACACGUAGCUCCUGCUUUCUCCUGCUCUGUCUAUUCAUCUUGGAAUUUUAACCCACGUCUGAGAAAUAUUUCAAACAUCAGCUUUCUUAGGAAGUGACUUAUUGGUGCAAAACGUUUUAGUCACCUUCUAAAUUUGAUACAUUUAGAGCCAGCUUUGGUAAUUUAAACUAACCUGGGUGAACAGUGGAUGUGUUCUCAUUUUCAGAAGGACCCUAUCAGUUAACAGGCUUUAUGUUCUCUAAGGUGUCUGUGCUGAUGCACAUCAAAGAGUUGAGGUUGUGAUGCCCAAGUUAAAGAUUUGGGUUUGUCUACAGCCUUAUUGACUGGAAUGGCAGUACACUGGUUUUUAUUUGGAUGCAUUGAGUUUCAUGUACCACCUAUAGAGAUUUAACCAACAAUCUGUUGGUUUUAAUGAAGUUGUGUCAGAUUUGCAGGAUUCAUUUCAAUGAAAACUGAUAAAUGAAAGGUAACAUAUGACAUAUUGGUCAUUUAGUUUAAGAAAACAGCUAUUUCAGAACUAAUUAGUCUAUUUAUGAAAUAAUCUAGUAAAUAUUUAAUGAUUUGUUUGAUUCUUAUAAACAAAUACUUGUGCUUGUAGAUGCUAAUUACAUGAACAGAGCCCUUCACUUUGCAUGGGCAGAGUUAUAUUUGUGUUGAAGUGUUUGUUGUAUUCGUGCCAAAAAACAACCAGAAAACCUCAUUAAGAUCUGAUCCUUCAGAUGUGCAUGUGCUUAACUUGACUGCUCAAGCAAUGUUGCUUUGGCACUGCUGAUUUCAAUACUUUGAUCAUGAAAUAACUCAUGUAAGGCGGGGGAAGGAUUAAUACAGUGGUAGCGUUGAUCUGUAUAAACAGUCAUUGCAUUGAUGAGUACAAGUUGCACCCUUCCCUGGAGGCAGAAAACUAUGUUUCUGCUGAGUUGAUGAGUAAAAUGAAGUAGCUCACCGAAGGUACUUAUUAUCUUGUGAUCCAUUUUGCUCUUGCUAUCUUAACACCAACUCAGAUUUCAGAGUGAUUGUUUCUGCAUUUUCCUGCCCACGAUUUCUCUGGGUGCUGCUCUCCAGUGUUCAGGCUCUUCCUCUUGUUCCCCAAAUGUUGUUAACUGCAACACCUUCGGCUCAGUUCCCUGAGCUAAGCUAGGGAUAGCACAAAGACACUUAUGAAGGUAAACAAGAAUAUUACUUGAGUGUCUCUACAAAUAACAGAAGAUAAUUUGUUUGCCCAGUGGAAGAGGAUUGUGUACUAUCUAGCAAGGAAGGAAAAGUAUUUUUCCUCCAGGCUUUACUAACUAGAGAAAAAUGACUGCAUCCUAAAGCUGAGUGGAGCCCCUGAACCUCGCAUGUUAGAUACCAGCAAAUCCUCAACUGAGGUUUUAAGAAUAGAAAACAAGAACCCUGGGAUCUAGCAGGGGGUGGACUAAGGCAAAAUUAAGAGAGAAGUAUAGGAAUAAAAAUGAAAAGCCAUGAAAAGCCAUAUAAAAUUCAUGAAGGGGGUAGGGGAAGGAGAUCACCAAGAUGAUGACAAGGGUGGAUUUCUGUGAUUGUUGCUCCUGAAGGAUGCCUGGCAAACAUUCCCACCUGACAGCAUCUCAUUUGCAUUUCUGCCAGUCCAAGAUCUCAUUCAUAAUUAUAACAAGGCAUUUGAAUUUCUUCUGCACUACUCCUGUGUGGAGUUCUUCCUGCAUUGGUGUGCAUGCUUAUUUUCUCAAAGGAGAAAAAAAUUUGCAGAAUGCCCAAAUAUUCUAAAAAGAAAAGCCAGAUGUUUAUUUAAGCUGGUUCUCAAUAUGCAGAAAGUUGCCUCCAAAAGAAAAUGGUAAUGUUUGGCUUUAGGCUUUCCGGGGAACACAAAUAAACUGUUGUUUAUUUUUAGUCUUUGAAGAUUUUUUAGGUGUUUUUAUUCCUUCCUUGUUCUUUUAAGCCUUUUUGUCCUACUUAUCUAGCAUCUCACAUAACUUUGAUAUUUAUCUUUGCAAUAGGGUAAUUUACAUGAAGAUAUGCAGGGUUUUGAAAAUGUUUUCUUUACCAGUAGACAGAAUAAGAAGUUAAAAAUCAUCCGUUUUCCAUUCGAUAUCUGUUUUGCAGUGCAUGUUGGAAGAGGCAUAUGCUGCCACGUGUGUGAUGAGGCUAAUUCUGUCUUUGCCUUAAUGGAGUUGUUCACACUGAGCUUCCAUUCUGAUGAAUUAAAUGAGAAAUUAUGAGUUUUGGUUCACAGUGGGCUCUUAGGAGAUGGCUUUGUUAUAGCACUGACUUCGUGCUCAGAGCUCUGUGAAACUCCCCCAGCCUGCUGCUGCCGCGGGGCUCUGUUUCUUGAGGGUCAUCCGAUGGAAGCUGUGGGUGAUUGAAGGCUUCAGGAGGCUCCAGCAACGUCUUCGCCUACAGCCUUGCUGUGAAAUUAAAAUCGAGUCUUGGUAAAGCAACAAAAACUCACACAGGUCAGACUCUACCAGUCUACCCAAAGUUUUGGUUUCUGAGGCUCCUGGUGGUCAUCCCAGAACCUUUGUGCAUCAGAGACUCAUGGAAACAGAGUAGCUACAAAGGUGGAUUUUUGAGUGGGUAAUUUCAUCCUCGACUCCACAGCAUUUACAAAUUGCCUAAGUCAGGGAUAUUGCUGAGGGUGGGCUGUGGCCAGCCACAUGGUCAUUUUGGCUACCUGCAUCUGUGCCUUGGUGAAUGGCAUUGAAGGAUUUCUUUUUAAUGGGCAUGUUAAACAUGGGACAAAUUUAAUUUUAGUAUUGUCAUUUAAAGUAAUUUCUGAUACAAAUUAUUUGCUGGCAAAUGAGAUGUUAGGUCUACCAUAAUUUGGGGCUCAUCCAAGUUUCUGUUCCUCUAAAUGCGACUGAUCCAAGUGCACAGUGCUCUUCAGUAUUUUAAUGUAGACAGGUCAUUCUGACCACGAUGAGUGCAAUAGCUAAACCCCUACACAUUAGGAACAAAAUGUGUCUGCCAUCACCUCCUUUAAAAACACUGAAACCCCAGUGUGGUUGGCUGUUACUUUCAUCCACUGCAAGGAGAAACUGUUUUAAACAAACCCAUAUUGCAGAGUUCCCCAUGGGCGUUUUUAGUGCAGAAUAUAGUCUUACUAUUGAAUAUCUGAAAAUAUCACCAAAAAUUGAUUUAAAGGAAUAAUGAAAAAUUGAUAAAAACUCUAACUUGGUAUCAUAGAAUAGAAACUAAAGCUUAGAAUAAAACCCUUAUAAUGAGGCAUAUAAUAUUUUAUACAUCAAUCACAGUGUAAAAUAUUCUGACAAAAUUUCCCAAUUCAGGUAGUUUGCUGUAUGCUGGUACAUUCACAAACAUUCUCAUCCUAGCUUUACUAAGGUGAGGACAGUAAAAUUCUUUUAGAACCUGAAUGUGUUGUGCAUGUGUAGUAGAAACAUCUAUCAUGAGGUUACAUUGCAUUUAGACUCAUGAUGACCUGUCUUUCUUUUUACUUUGACUUGUAGUUAUUGAAGUCCCCAAAGACAACACAGGCAGAAUGCCUAGAAGUGCUCUUAAAUGCUUGACAACAAGGCUCUGACAGUGUUCUGCACACACUUUAAGCGUACUACCAAUUGAAGGAUAAUACUGUACGCAGUAUAUAGGGCUUAUGGAAGAAGUAGAUGGGGAUUUUGCAGCGUAUGAUGGAUAGUCUUUGAUAUAACUGUUUCAAAAAUCAGAUUAGAGUGUAUAUAACUUGAAACUUUCUUUUAGUUGUGCUGUAAAUUUUAUGGCAAGGUUUUGUUCAAAUGAGCUCUUGUGGUCUGCAAGGAAGAAAGUCAGCAUGCACCUUAUCAUUUUUCUAUAUCCUUGGUAGGGAUGCAAUUAAAUUCAGUCUAGAAAGGUCACAGUGUGGGGUAUACAUUAACCUCACACUAACCCUGUAUAUGAUACUGCCACUGAGAAUGAGUUAAUAAAGAUACCAGUUGGAGCUAUAUGUUUGUUCUCUUUUUUCGAAUGUAUCUGCAUACACACACACACACACUUCUAGUUAACUGUUUGUGUGUAAUACCAGUAGUUAUCUAGAAUAUUUGCAGUGCUGCUAAUUAGGUUGUGGGCUAGUGUACAAUGGAAUAUACAGCAGAGUUCCACAGCUGGUGGCCAAAACCACUUCAGCUCAUUUGUUGAAGUUAAUAUUAAUACAGGAAUAUGUCAAUGAGGCAAGGCUUUGUUUCAUUUCUAAACUCUGCAGCUGCAAAAACUGAGUUUAAUUCCAAAGUGCGGUGGAGUUUUUGAUUGCCAUUUGCAUUAUACACAUUCGUUCCAGAUGAGAGAAAUUAAAUUUCUCAUUGAGAAUUGGACAAGUACUUUGGUGAUGAAGAGAAUCUUGACCUUUUUAACCUUUUAAAUUAAGUUAUGGGGAGGUAUUUGAUUUUGAGUUUGAUUCGGGAGGCCUCUUGAAAGAGGAACCACAUGUUCCCUGUAUUAGCUAUUUAAAAAAAAACCACACGACAUGCAACACAAUAACAGUCCAGUGUGACAUUAAGAAGAGCGAUACAGUUUCAGGGACAAGUUAGAGAAACAAUAUCCAGCACUUCUUUUCCAGAGACUGGCAGUGAGAGGGCAUCAAAUUUUACUUAUAAACAAUUUCUGCUGCUCUCUGGAAAGACAUCUGUUGUUAUAUGAGAUUGCAGAGUUUCCAAUUAAUAUAUUGAACAAUGAGGCAUAGGAAUGAGAAAUACAAAAUUUAUACUUCAAAUUAUGACAUAGAGUCAGGGAAAGUGGAUUUGGGCAAAUAACAGCAUGUUAGGCCAAUCUCUAGAGUAUGUAAUAUUUUAGAGCAAAUUUUGAACAAGAUAAUAAAGUCAGGGAACCAAAUGGGAAAUGGGAUAAAAAAUAAAAAAAAUUUAAUAAAUAUUUGUGCCAAAGGUAGCUCUUUCACCUUCUUAAUUUCUGCUGUUGAAGAAAGGCAAUAGAUGUAAACUAUCUCAAUUUUGAUAAAGAAUUUGAAUAUGGUACCUGCAUGGUAAUUUGUCUGUAUGGUAAGAAAAGAAGGAGAUUUGUGGAAGAAAUGUCAAAUAGGUAGAGAAGUGAAUAAAGAGGAGAUUGCAACAUUAGUCUUGAAACAGGAGUGUUGAGCGAAAGGGAAGCUGCAAAUUAAGUUCUUCAAAGGAGGUGAAAUGUUUAAUAUCUUGUUAUCAUUGUCACAAAUAAGCAGUAGUACGCGUAUUAAUUUACAGAUGACUCGAAGGUUAGAGCCACUAACAUUUCAGGAGAGGAUCAUAACAUCAUACAAGAAGGAUUAGGUUUUCUUCCAAGUUGGAGGAAUAGAUACGGCAUGAAAUGCAAUUGUGCAAAGUGCAAGGUCAUGCUUUAAGGGAAUAAUCAUCUUAAUUUAGUCUGUUAGCUGGCAACUCAUCAGCUAAAAAACAGGAAAAAAUACUUACAGCUGUGUUAGGUCAUCUAGGACCAGGAUCCUACAUCUAUGACCUGUUGUAAAGCAACAGGACUAUCCAAUCUAGCAUUAAGCUACCAGUAUGAUGCUGCUGUAAAUAAGAGAAAUGCAUGCCAAGAGGAUAGUGGGUGAGGUAUUUCUAGCAGGGAAACUAUUAACAACAUAUUUUGAAUUGUUGAAGAAGCACAGUGAGAACAGUGUGUACCAUUCACGUUACACAAAGAUGAAUUUAACCUGGAGCAGGCUGACAGAACAGUCGGGGGACACAAUAAAUUAUGUGUUGUACCAGAAGGCCCUGUAAAAACCUCGGCUUGUUCAGAGAAUAAAGCAGAGACUGAGAUACUCCUUUCUUCAGGAGGAGAGUAAACAGCAGGGAGUGAAAAGAGCUAAAUUUUAGGUUAAAUGACAGAGUGGGCCAUUGGGGAAGUAAACGGGCCGUAGGUGGAGUGAGGCCAGGCAAUAGAAGACAGUCCCCAGUUAUCUCAGUUACCUCUGAUGUUCGUGAACAGAUUAUUCCUGGUAUCUGUAUCCUGUUCCCAGAUUAUUCCAGCAGAGGUAAAAAUAAGAAGCAGCUCUAGGAUGGAGUUUCUUCAGUUGAUGUAAGGGACUCAGUGGUUUUCUUGCAGUCCUGCGCUCAUGUAUUUAUUUAAGGUGUUUCUCUUGAGGAAUGGGAUGUACACGUGCCUCGCUGUGUGAGUGUUUUAAUUAAAUGGCUACCUGCUUCCGUGUGUUUGAAGCAUUCCCUGGUGGUGUGUAUAUGUGUCUGUGUGCUGCAGGCAGCGUAACAGGAGGUGUGUUCUUGUGCAUGCAGCUGCAACGCAGCAGAAAAAGGGAACACUUAAGAGACAGCAAACUCUGCGUGUCCUCAAGGGACGGUCAUCAGCUGCAUCCACUUAUCCAAGGUCCUUCACUAUUGUGGGAAUGUGCUUAGUUUCAGCUCCUUUUUUAAUAAUCAGUGAUCACUGCUCAUGAGUACAACUGAAGUAUUGACCUGCCUGCAGAGAAAUAGAAAAUCUCCCUUCCUACAGCACAUAGGUUUCCCUUCUUGUGCUUGUGAAGGAAACUUGAGCUAUUUCUCAGAAUCACAGGAGGGCUGAGGUGGGAAAGGAUCUCUGGAGCUCAUCUGGUCCAAUUCGUUAUUCAGGCAGAGCCACCUAGAGCUGGUUGCCAAGGACCAUGUCCAGGCAACUUCUGAAUAUCUCCAAGGAUAGAGACUACUGUGGAAGUUUCUCUGUGGAGGUAGGUUGAAAUCAUGUAGACAGGCAUUAGAUGUGAAGAUUCCAGGCAGUUACAGGAAGGUUUGGGCUUGCAGUGAGGUUUAGGUAGCCAAGACACAGGAGAUGAGGGAGACAAGUACUGGCUCCACUGCGCCGCCUUCCAGCCCGAGUCAGACAGAUAAGUGCCCUGAGAUACUGUGGUUGUGCCAUCCAUGCUCUGAGCAAAGCAUGGCUUCUCUGCUGUGUAGCUACUGCCAUUGGGAGAGGACCUUGGAUGUGUGAAAGAGGCAGCUGAGGCAUGAGAGGAAGGUGCAGCGGGUGGUUUGCUGGGCACUGGGGUCAGCCCCAGCCGUACGGGCAGGUCUGCGCCAGGACCAGGCUUUUGAUGCUCAGGUUGGAGCAGGUGCCACCUCUUCUCUCUGCUCCUGUUUCCCCCUUGCCUGCAGUCCCCUGAGGUUAAUAGGGCUCUGUGGAUUUUAGGAGAAAGUUUGUGUCACCGUUUCUGUUCUCUCUAGUCUUGAAAAAGCAGAAUCGAAGAUUUCACAGGAAAACCAGCCAUUUGUUUCGUGCAUUCAUAUGCUAAUGCUCGUGUUUCCUUAACUGCCAACAAAGGAAGGAGCGGAGAUGACAGUUUAUUCUGCUUUGAGUGCAGGAAGCUUGCUUUUUGCCUUAGUCAUAACAAUGGUUAUUGGUAGUGAGGUUGUAUCCUGAAGCAUCUGCUUAAUUUUUUUUUCUUCAGAUUGUUCUCACCCACUUUCCGUGUUUACAUUGUUUACCCUUGACAUGAAUGACUGCUUCUUCCAAAUAUAUUAAACACAUUAAUCAAGUUUCCAUGGCUGAAGUAGGUUCAAUAUGCAUUUUUAGGAAAUUCUUGGACACAUUUCACUGCUGUCAUUCCAAGAAUUUUACUUGCUGAUUUACUCUGCUUUGAGAGUAAGAUGAUGUCUUUUGUGUCAGACGCGCAGCAUGGCAAGCCAGCCGACGUGAGAAUCAAGAGUGACUCGAUGAUACAAGCAAGAAUGUGUGAUUUUCUUUCCUCCAUCUAGUUCUGUUUAAUACCAACAGAAGUGGCACAUCUCCCACCUUCGUAUGAGUACAACUUCUGCAUUUCUGCAGUGAAUCCAGAAAAGUUUGAUCAGGGCUUUCCCCAAAGGGGACAGAGGAAGCUGUGGCACUGUCCACCAAACCCACUACUUCCCUGAGAGAAAGCUGCUUCACAGUCCAAAUAAGCAAAACUGCAUAAUUUUAUGUUUCAUGGUUUAAGGACCUGUGAACAUGCUUAGGAAAUACCCACUUCAGUGUACAAUUUUCUGGUUGAUUAUGCCUUAAAAUUGUGGAGCAGUUGUAUUAAUUUUUAUACAGCAGUGUGGUGAGGAUUCAAGAAUACUACUUAAGCGGUAUUGAUCUUCAACUUGAACACUGAGGUUCAUGGGUUUUUUCACUUAAUAUCUCUUGAAUUUAGUACUGGUGAUAAUCACUGCUUAUCAUUGCUGCUUCUUGAGGAAGGCAGAAAGAAGUACAAACUAGCUUGUGCAAACAUGAGAGAUGAAGUGAUGAUGGUCCUCAUAAAAUCAUUACAUAAAACGAAGAAAACUGGCACAGAAGUUCACAUCCUAAUUGUUGCUGCAGUUAUAAUGCAGCGUGGGAACUAUUCUGUUACAGGGAAUAAGGGAAUACUUGCUCUUUCUGUCAGAGGCCUUAUUAUCUUUCUUCUAUUACUAGCAGCAUCACAAUUCUGCCAAAGGAAAAUAUGUGUCCAGACAUUACGUGGUCUUGUGCUUUUCACAGUUCGUUUUUUCUGUCUGUCGGUGAGUGCAAGUUCCUUCACCACGAUUUGGAGCUUCCUAAUGGUGUCAACAAAGAAAUGUCCAUUCCCACACUGUUAAAAUAUAAAUUUGUGGUUCUUCUUACCCUUGGGAUGGGAGAGGAUCUAAAAAGAUUAUAUUACAGAAGAUUGAUUUGUUCUCUUCAUGUAAAAUGGAAGUCUGUUUCUAAUGUGGUUGGAGAUAAGAAUUUGUAGUGACCAUCUGUGUGAAAAUUUUAUCCAUAGUAAUUUAUUAAAAAAAAAAAAAAAGCUGGCUCAAAAUCUCAGCUGCAUUUUUGGUUUGUUUUGCUUUUUUGUUCUCCCUGAAUACAAUUUCCUAGUCUGGCAUCUCAGGGAAGAGCAUCUGUUUCAAGUUUUUCCAUCAUGCUGCCUUGUACAGCCAGCAAGAAGUCUCCAGUUGUUGUGGGCAAGCUCUGUAGUACAGACAUUGUGUAGUUUCAUCUGUCUUCAUUAGAGAUAUAACCACACUUUAUUCCUUAAUAUGAAUGUCUUUGUUCAUCUCCCACCCACCCCCCCAAAAAAAAAAAAAAAUACAUUGUUAUUUUUCUUUCAUUAUUCACAAUUUUGACAGAAUUUUUCUACUAAAAAUGAUCAUGGUUCAUAUUCCAGACUAUUAAAAAGAAAAUUACAGCAGAGUCAGACAGAGGGCUAAUAAUAUUUAGAGUGUCCAGUCUGCAGUUAAAUUUUUCAUUAUUUUUGACAACUUGUUUAGAAAUUCUGUGUUUGUAAGUUCCAGCCUGGAUUUCCAGAGGGUCUCAAUGAAUAUUUUUAUUAGGUUUUGCAAAGAAUUUGUACGUAGGCUGAGCUGUUUUCCCACAGGAACUUUUUUUCCACUGGACAUUCAAAUAAUUAUAUUUUAUUCACACAAAUGCUUACACAAAUAUUUAACGUUCACAUUACAUUAAAUAAUGUACUUAUAUUAAUGUAAUAUAUUGACAUUAAUCUCAAUAGAAAUGUAAAAUGUUAAUUGCAUGUUAAGAUGCUACCCAGUAUCAGAAGGGAGCAGUGUUCCCAAAACUCUUUGACCUGGUUCCCUGUAAGAAACCAGUUAAAAGCCAAAUAAGGAGAUGAAAAUAUCUUUCACAGCUGUGACAGCACAACAUAUGUUACUACUUUGUGUGAAAAUGAGCAGAGACAAUUUAAACUCUGCAUUCGGCCGAUUAGUCUUAUGGUGUCUUGUCUUUGACAAUAAAGAUGCCGUUGGCAAAACCUAUCCAGAGAGGAUGGAGUGGGUAUUCCUGCAGAGACUGCCUAGUAGAUUGGGAUGCUUCUGGCAUACAGAUAUUUGUAGCAGAUGUUUCCAAUUAACUGUAAUAAUGCUGAAAAAUAAAUGAACUUUCUUCAGGAUCUCCUCUACGAAUAUUGAUGUGGCAGCGGUCUGCUUCAGCCUGGAAGGGCUCACAGUAUCCGUGCUCAGGGAGGAGAGGAGCAAAAAUUGAAAAGUGAUGAUAUUGCUCAAAAACUGAAGGUCCAUGUCCUUGUGCGGGGAGAGAUGAAGGAGGGAACUGUCGUCUCAUUUUCACUGUGUUUCUUGGCUGUUCUUCCCUGGCCAGCCCCAGGCCUGGCUCCCAAAAUGGUGCCUGGGAACAGGGGCAACACCACCGGCUGCCCACCGUGCACCGCACCGGGUGUCACACCCGAGAGAAACGUUAAUUUCUGUGGGUUGGUGUGGACGGUUGCGUUAGGCUGUUUCAUAAGCUUAGCGCCAGAAUGAAGGGAUGUUUUCCUUUGGGUGCUGGUGCUUCUGGGGAGCACUCUGUCCAUUGGGCCUGUGAGCUCUGCUGGGGUCCAGCGGCUCUCCAUGCAGAGCUCCACAGUUUCCUUGGAGACAUUUGUGGUGACGUAUGGAGAGCUGGAGUUUAGUGUGGUUGUAUUAUGGGAGACUAGAGUGAGCACGGAGGUUUCAUCUGCUGUCCACAAGCAGAUGGGAAGCUGUCCUAUUUAAAAAAAAAGAAAGUCAAAACGUCUUUCUCAACCUGUACACAAUUUUAUAUGGCUUUAUCUUAGCAUUGUUACAUUCCUUGUCAGGUACAUAUUGCUUUAUUUUCUUCCUUAAAGGUAUAUUUACUUUCAUACCUGUAUCUAAGUAGUUUAAGUAAUUUAAACUCGAUGACUUAAAUAGUUUUUAUUGUUUGUAUUUUUUUGAAGUGUACCGGUAUUUUUGCUAGUUCUAUUUACUGCUCUUCUCAUAGGUCAGUUUUAAGACACAUCUUUGUUCUGAUUUCACCUUGUUCUUCCUACAUUCUUAAGAUCUUCUUUUAUAUUUUAAAUUUUUCAGCUGAUAUGGAAGAUCCCACUUUUUGGCAGUGAUUGCAAGCAUCACUAGUGUCAUUUCUUUGCUUUUAUUUUUACUCUUUUCAAAAGUUAAAGCCAUGAAUGAGAUUAUUUGAACUAGGAAUGCUCUAAGAUUCUCAACACAUGUUCCACAAGAGAAUGUGAAAGCUUUGACCUUCUGGAGCUCCUGAGUAUUUACCAGACAGAACCGGGAUUUCACUAGAGAAAGGGAACUCAUGCAAGGUUAUCUUGGGGUUUCUGAACUUUUAUUUCAGUUGAAAGAUAUUAAAGCUUGUUUCAGAGCAUUUUUUCCAAAACUCUGUCUGAAAGAAAGCUCCAGCCUGGUGAAUCUCAGGUGGCCAUCCAGCCUAGCCAUCAAGUGCCUUGAUCUCACUGCUUGUUGUUUUAGCCCAGAUACCCAUCUAACCUGCUUAUCCUGAGAUGCUCCUAUCUUUCCAGAGGCUCGAAAAUCCAUCUUUCUCCUUUCCAUCUGCCAGACCCUCCUGCAGUGCUACGGGGAGUGUGAACCUGCAGGAAUUGUUCCCACACUGACGAUGGAGAAAUGAUGGGCUGGUCCAAUGGCCAAAAUUGAGUAUCCUAAAGCAACAAGUGCAGCAUCCUUGUAUAGUUUCCACAUACAGCUCUCCAAAGCCUCCUCAUCGGUAGUGUUUCUGAGGUGUCCUGCUUGUGAUGCUGCAGAGUUGAGGUCCCAAUUCAGAGCAGGUACCAGCCUGGCCAUGGGGAGCAAAGCGUCCUGGCUGGUGUUGCUGCCCUUGAUGGUUUGGCUGCUAGCUCUAAAAGCCACCAGGAACUAAUCUCGUUCAUUACCAUUUAUCGCUCCUCUGAUGAGGGUAUUAGUGUAGUUGCAAUGCAAACCCAUUGUGUGGGGUCCUGUCUGCUGCUGUCCUUUGACCCAAGCCUUAAGUUAUUCUGUUUCUUCUUUCACCUUCUAGAAACUCAGCUCUGCAAGCUGUGAAGGGUCUGUGUAAUGUUUCUUUACAGAAAACCCAACUGACUGUGUAUAAUCUUAAGCUGCUUCAUUUUCCGGUACUUCGCAUUAUUCACUUUGGGUAGAGAAUUGCAUGUUUAAGAGACAAAAACUUUAACACUACCAAAUAGUUCCUUGCAAGGCUUUUUUAAAAGGAGUUGCUUGCAAAGCAAACUUCCUCACUAGUUUUUGCCAUUCGAGAGUGUCUAAUUUACCACAGAGUCAGGAACAUACAAAAGAUAAGGUCUCUGCAGCAAUAGCAAUCCUUCACAUUGCACAUGUGCGGCUCUGUUAGGUUUUCAUGCAUUCAUCUGCCCUUUGGACGCUAUUAGUAAGAACAUAAAAUUAUUUGGAGGGGUAGGGCUUUUGCCUUUUUUACUUUAAGGCAGAAUUGAGGAUAGCAAGGUGAAGCUCAGUCAAAACAACUGUAUGUGUAAGUCUUGUAGGGCUAGCACUAAAAUAAGAAUGAGACAUCACAAGGGGUCUUGAGCAUGUGAAUUGUGAAGGAUAAAUGGUUCCUAUAACUCCAUCUGUAUUGAAAAAAACAUGUCAAUAGCAUGGUUUAAUUUUUUUUUUGGCUGCAUGCUCGCAUGUGACAGAAUGUAGUUAAAACAAUUCCUUCAAAAGCUUUGUCCUAAGCAGGUGGAUGUCUGGAGAGAGUGUAGAAAUAAAUAAAUGACUGACACGGCACCGCAAGCCCAUGGCAAGUGAAGCGGUGGUGCUCCUGCCUGCUGGAUCAGCUUCUGGGCUUGUCCACCUGCACGAAGCCAAAGCCUUUCUAAGGAUUUCAACAGGGUAGCAUUGCACUAAGAUUUAUAUAGGCAAAAAUAGGAUUUAAAUUGGCAAAUGUGAUGGAAAUACAAUCUUUCAGAUUGUUUACUGUGGUUUUUGCCAUGUGUUUUAACUGUGUCCUGGCCAGAGUGCAGUGAGAACAAAGCCAUGAUCAUCUGAAAUGAUUUUCCAGUCAUUUUGAGAGAUGCUCUUGCAGCGUAGCUGAAGCAUUAAUGUAGUGAUGCUUAGGCAUGCUUAGGGAUUUAUGUUGUGUCGAUCCAGUGAUGAAUCAAGUAGCAACAUCCCAUGCUGGGAGCCCUGCUGCUUGGGGCUGCCGCAGGAGGGGAAGGACAGGGACGCAUCUGCAGCAAAGGGGUGGCUGGAGCAGAAACAUGGAGCAGAAGUCAGAGGUGGUAGCUCACAGGUAACAGUGGACCUUAACCAGGUCUGGUCUUUCUGUCUGUUAGCAGUGGUUUUGUCUGUGCAGUUGUACUGGGUGGAAAAUAUAUACUUUGUCUAGAGGCAUGACUUCAGCUGCUUAUCCAUUUAUGUCCUCCCCCAUGUUAAAUAUUGUUAUUAAAAACAACAACAACAACAAAAAUCAUUGUGUUUUACAUUUAAAAAAAGGCACUAUUGGCAAUUAUUGUAUCAGCAAGAAACAACAUAAGCUUCUGACACCUCCUGUGCUUACCGACAACAUGAAAUUAAAGCAAAGAAUGGCCUCCUAUUUAAAUAAGCAAACAACUAAAUGGUUGCCUAACAUAUCCACAAUUUUUGCUUGAAGCUCUUGGUCAUAAGCCCAUGAAACACAAGCAAAAUAAAUUUGAGGUAUUUUUGUGGUUUGGGUUUUGUGUGUGUGGGUUUUGUUUUGUUUUGUUUUAAAUCAGGAUUUUGAAUUAAUGGAAAUUCUGAACUACAAACAAAACCAACUCAAACCCAGCAACCCCCCACCCAAAACAAAACCCAGAAAACCAGCUUAAUAAAGAGAGGCAAGGAGAUUUCUAAGAGCAUGUACAAGACCUGUAAAUUUUUGAAGUGUAUCUACCAGCCCGGUUGUAUGUCUACACUAAUAGAAUCUCUUGGAGAAGAUCAGUAUAUGACAUACUCUUAAUUUUGUGGUUUAGUUUUUGAGAAGGCUAACCAUGUGAGAUAGCCUGCCCUUAUUUGAGUUUAUUUUCUCUGUGCUCUAUAAAAUUAGUGAAGUAAAAAAGUCAAGAGACCCACACUAGUUUUCUUGCCAUUUGGGAUUAUUUGCUGUGAUGCUUCCAGUGGCAGGGAACAGGAAUUGGUUUCCAGGGGGAUGUUUUUGAAGCUGUUGUUCCUUGGAGAUUUGUCUGAGCAAAGCUUUAGGCUUCGACUCACUGUGAUUUCUAGGGUGUAAUACAGAGAGGUUGCUAACAGCCACCCUGAAAAUCUGAUUUUAAAAGUAAUGGGAAAAGAGAGCUAAUAUUUUAUCUUUCCCUUCAUCAGACAGUAAAAGCAAAGGGUGGGUCUAAUCACCAUUAUUCCUGGAACACUUCAGAGGAGUUGAGGCUUUCCUAAACAUAUUGUGUGAUUGUUUCCUCUGCCCCACUGGUUUCGGCUGAAAUGUUUCUCCUGCUCACACUGCGUAAGGCACACUCAUCUCCCUGGCUGCAAAUUGAGCAGCACUUCACUGCCCUGGCUCCCGCGGCAGCAGCAAGUGAUCUCGUCUGAAGUUAGGAUGCUCCAUGUCGUCACAGGACUGUCACUGAGGCAGCAGUGGGCACAUUGACAUGUGGCUGCAGCUGCCCUGGCACCUUCCUCGUGGAGGCAGGGGUGUGCAUUAAAAAGAACUGUAGUGAAAUCCAUUAACAACUGUUAGGAAGGAAACGAGCUAGGGAAGAUGAAGUUUAGUAGAAGGAAAGCCACCUUCAGUGUUGUGGUAACUGACAGCUACGAAACAGGAUGACCUCUCUUCCCGGGGCCGUGCUGGAUGGGGGCUUGCCCCCUACUCCAACGUGGCAUGGGGCACCCCAGAGAUGCUUCCCAGCUGUGGCCGAGGUGCUGGCAGGAGCUCGGCCCCGCUGGCUGCCCAGCCGCUGCUGUCUCCAUGCAGAAGGGAAGGCAGCUCUGUGAAAGCCAGGCUUUGAGUGCAGAGGCGUGAUGUACUUGGGGGCUUCUUUACUUGUUCAUCUCCUCUCAGGCUUAAUGGAAAAUGUUUUUCUCACAUCCCUGUCUGCCCAUCUGGCUGCUUUGGUGUGGGAGAAAACACAUGCUGGAGCCCAUACAAUUCUCAUGGAUUUAAUGCAAAUAUUGAACAAGAAUUUCAGGGUUUGGUUAAGUGUGGGGCUUUUUCCUAAGGAAGCCUAAUGGGAUCCUCUGUGGCGUGCAAUUAUUGUACAUCUUCUGGCAAAGCUUGCUUGAUUAAGCAAAUCCUCCUUCUGAUCUAUGUUUUAGGGUUUUAUGCUAGCAUCCCUCCCAGUUCAAUAAGUUGGCAUAGGCAAUACUGUUUGCUAUCUUGUCCAGUGUAUUUUGUCCAGCACAGAGUCUGGAGGUGGUGAACAGGGUUCUGCUAACCUGCUGCAUAUCUCAGCAGCUUAUGUAAAAUGACAGAGGUCACACUCAAAGAUUCUAAAAAAUCUUAUCAUCCACAAGUUAUUGCAGGAUUCCUUAAGCGUCGUGUUCAGUUCCAACUGGCAGAGUGAUUUAAAAGGUUAUUUCCCAAAGACAAAGACAUACAGAUGUUCUGGUGGUGAUGCACUCUCCCCGGAGCACUCCCUGUCCAUCAGUCCACUCCGUCUGCUACCUCCAGCACAUUGGGAGUAAGACAGUGGGUGAUGGCACACAGGCAGCUGGUACCUGCAAAACUCAUCCACUGAAGGCAUCAUGGUAGACCGAGGCUUGUCGGUGCUAGUCUGUCUCCGCAGCUUUGAUUUGGCAUCACCCGCUUUAUUGAGCCAUGGUUCUACUGAGGCUUACUUAAUAAUUACAGGGUGAAGUCCCCAUUGCUGGUACUGGCUUUCGUAUGUCAAGGGCUGAUGGAGUGGAGGGAUGCUGAAGGCUGAGCCUCCGCUUGCUGGCUGUGAUUGAUUCUUGAUGCUCAAAAUAGUUUUUAUUAUGUUGUUAUUAAAUAUUAGAAAGAAACAAAAACCAAUACCAACCUACCUUUUGUCACAGCUAUGCUGUGUGAUCAGGGCAAAACCUUUAUGAACAGAUACAAAAGGGAGGAAUUGGCAGUUCUGGUUUAGUUUAUUUUUUGCACUUCCCACAUGAAUUGCUGCUGCUGGAAGCAAGUGGAAGAGAGGUUGAGUAUUCUGCUUCAGUGGCUUUUUGCAGUAGGGAUGAGCAUUUCUGGACUGAAACUCAUCUGAAGAGUUCAAGUGUAUAUCUAGCUGCUCAAAUUAACAAAAAAAGAGAACUUUCAGAGAGCUCCUGUGGUGGUCAGGCACUCUGGCUUACUGGGCCACUUCACCCUGAGAAGUGUUUGCUUCAGAUGUGCCAUGGAGUUGAAAGUAUACUUGAAAAUCAGGGCAGGGACCAGUUUCUCAGCACCCUUGCAUAAGACUGCCUUUAUCAGACACUUGUGAGAUUUGCUCUUUUACGUUUCCUUCUUAAUUGCUCUCUAAAUUCUUUCAGUCCAGCCUCAUGAACCAAGUUUGGGUGAGGCUUCCAGAUAUAUGCCAGUCCAUCCAUGUUGAAUACGUCCACAGGAGACCACUGUAUUCAAGAACAAUAUAAUAUUAGGUAUAAACCCAAGUCUGAUCUCUUAUAGGUAGUGUGCAGUCCAGGCAAAAAGCAUAAAAUCCCAAGACAACAGUAGCAGAAAGAACCUGGAAACACCUUCUCUUACUGAUCUGUUGUUCAUCUGCUCCAUGGGCUUUAUGAAUUUGAGCUGCCAGCGGCUUCUUUAGACUGUUUUGUUGGGUUUUUUUAUUUAUUUUGUUUGUUUGUUUGUUUGUUUUGCUUUUUUUAAUACCUGCAACGUAGAUCAAAUUUUGGGCAAUAUUGCUAGAUUUCACACUAGUGCCACACGAAGCAGUUACAUGGGCACCCAGCACUCUGUUCUGCUGUGCCCUGUGGUUGCUUAGAACAGCACAAAACAGUCUCGGUGGCAUUAAAAAAAUGUUUGACAUUAUUAAUCAGUUUCAUAUGUUGAAGAAGAUUAAGGUUGUUAAUCUGUUCAUCUUGUUUUUCUUGCUGUUUAAUCUAAUUUUCAUUAUGAAGGUUAUAGUGAUGACAAUCAAAGGGACCAAGAGCUGUUAGCUGACAGUUUGCAUCCCAUCUUGUUUUUCCUGAAAUGAAUCUUCCAGUGUUAAACACUAUUUCAAUUCACUGUGGUUAAAAAUUAGAUUUCUAAGAGUGUGGGUUUUUUUUCUUUUUUUUUUCAUUAUCUCUUGUUUUCUGCAUAAAUAAAUGCUACAGACAUCUUUAGCACUGAUUCAGUACUUAAGUGUGCUUCCAACACUUUCUACAGAGCGGUAGCUCUGGUAAGAGGACUUGUAUUAGUUAGUGAAAAUACUUGCUUGGACAGAGAAAAUUACAUUUUAAUAAUUACGUUUCAGAUAAUGCUGAAUACGAACAGUUUUAUCUCUUAUGCUUUUGCUGAGUAUGAUGCCACCACUUCUGGCAGCAAAACCGAGAUAGUUCGGGCAGGUCUCGGAAACACAAGUCAGCCAUAGGAGGCAGGAGGCAAAGCGGUCGUGGCUGAUGAUGCAGUAGUGACAGGGGUCUCAUUCUUCGCAGCUGCUCUAUCGCAACUUGCCUGCCAAUGACAGGAGGAUGUCAUUCUUUGUCUUUUGCAUUUAUAACCUCAAGAUGAAACCCUCAAAUCGUGAAUAGGUUUCUGUCUUCUGCUGGCUGUUUUUUCAAUUAGCAUGGUGUCACUUCCAUUUCCAGAACCUUUGCCCACAGUAUCCUAUGGUCUGGCCAGUUAUUUUGAGCACAGCUUAAUCAGAUUUGACAUUGAAGAAAAAAAGAGAAAAAAAAUUCCCUUGUGCAUUUAGAGUUUAGCAAUUUGAUUUAGGUAAUCAGAUCUUGUCCAUAUAUCCAAAUAAUUCAGGGGAGUUUCUCUUGGUUUUCUGUGACAAUACAGGAUAACGGAUUUGCACUAUUUUUUAACCAAAUCUGAAAACAUUUGAAUGCUGUGAGUCAGAAAGAGCUUUGACCUGAAAUUUGAUCAGGGAUUGGAAAAAAGGAAAAGUGGGAGGAUGCACGAGAGGAUUAAGCAGAAAAGAAGGUCCCUGGUCUUUCAAGACUUUGCUCUUAUUAAAUGACCUAAAAAGCUCUUGCUAUACAAUAGUUGGGCCUUGUAAAUGGGUUAUAUUUGAAGAUUAGGAUGAGUGGAAAAUAAAAACUUAAUAAUGUGAUUUCUUUGCUCAUUUUUAAUAAAAAUGAGCAAGCUGCAGGGAAGAAUAAGAGGCAAGCUGAAGUUGAAGGAAGUACAUUUGUAGCCAUCCAUGUCCCAAUGAGUAGCAUUAGGAAAUCAUAUGUAAGUAUUUAGUCCUGACUGCAGCAGAUUGAAUACAUUUGGUCUUGUCUGGACUAAGCAAGCCCAAAUCUAUCAAGUAUUUGGGUGAAAAAAAAGUUGGAAAUUCUGGUUACUGGAAACAAAAACUGAAGAGCCUUGCUCACUUGGCUGAUAAAUACUGGAAGCAGAUGAGGUGGAAGUUUUAGUUCCAUUAUCAGUGCCAAUCAGAUGGGUGGAAAGAGGAAAAACGAAUUUGCAGACAACUUCGGGUGGUCUUAAUAAAAUGCUUCCCUGAAUGUAUAAUAAUUAAUUAUUACUGUUAUGCUGCAAAACAACUUCAAUUUAAAAAACAAACAAACAAACAAAACAAACUAAGAAAAUUAUUUGCAUUCUUUAAUCAUAGAGUCAUUUUGGUUGGAAGAGACCCUCAGGAUCAUCGAGUCCAAGCAUAACCUAACUCUAGCACUUAACUGUGUGAACCUCGUCUCUGUGCCUUUUAAACACCUUCAGGGAUGGUGACUCCACCACUUCCCUGGGCAGCCUGUUCCAAUGCCUGACAACCCUUUCCAUGAAGAAUUUUUUCCUAAUAUCCAGUCUAAACCUCCCCUGGUGCAACUUGAGGCCAUUUCCUCAUGUCCUUGUAACAGAAAAACUUAGAUUGUGUUGGUUACACUUUAAAUCUUUGUAAGGCUUUGACUUGACUGCUCUUAAAAUUCUCAUGGCGAUAAGUCUUCUGUAACUUGUGUGGCUGAUGUCUUCACCUAGUCACGAGCCUUGAGUGGAGAACAGACUGUAGACUCAAAUGGUCUAUGUCCAAGUGAAAUACUUCAGUAAGAUGGAUAGCUCUGUAGGAAAUACUUCAGCAGUGGAGAAAGUCCAACCUGUGCAUGUCUUCAGCGUGCAUAGGAGAUAUGCAGGUACUUCCCAGGACUGACAAGCUCCCAGACAGAGAAAAAGGUGAUGCUUGAUUAAGUGUGAUUAUGUAUUUAGUCCCUGGAUCUCCCAUAGCUGGAGAGAACCUGGUACAACCCAGCACUGGGCUCAGACACGUUGGAAGGACCUGAUAAGGUGUGCAUACCAAUGCCAUGCUGUGCUACAAACAGAACUCUCACUGUAUGUUAACUCUCUUAAAAAGUUAAUGCAGGAGGGAAAGGAGCGUCAAGUUUGACUGGAAAAACUGUAAUUAAGUCAAGUCUAAAAUAAACAGUGUUAUCAAAUUAGUUUUCAUCAACAGCUAAUCCAAAUUUAACUAAGAUCUCUAGCGUUAAGCCUUCAUUAUCACCUGAUGCAGCCUGAACAAGUCUUUCUUUGUCUGGUGAAAAAUUUGAUGUAACACCUAUUUAGAGAAGUAAUUUACAAGUCUAACUUUUAUCUGUAUGAACAGAGUCGGUCAUAAUUUGCUUAAAGAUAUUUGUUCUAUAUUUGUAGAGAUUGAAUUUGAUAUCAGGGUAUAAGAGUGGCAGUAAGUCUUGGCAUUCUUCAUUGGAGAAAGAAACUCUUGGUCUUGUGUUUUCUGAAAACUAAAUGUUACAUCCCUCUGUCUCUUGGUUGUAGAUGUAAAGCAGGAGUGUGAACGUGUGUGUGUUGUAACAGCCUGUGAGCAAACCAGAUUCUUCAGAGUAGCAGCACACUAACAAAUCUGAGAAUCCUUCUGCAACUCCAAAGGCACGUGCUGCUCCUUACUAUCCCUGUCAGAGCACGCACUGUGCUCCUUCCUCUUGCACGUUUUUAAGGAAAAGAUCUCCAAAACUUUCAUUCUGUGGUUCCAUAAUCCAUCCCUCCAUUUAAUGAAAAACUCUUGUGUGACCUAAAGUUCCCUGAGCAUUAUCUUUGUGGUUUUAUACUCUUUGAGAGCUAAAGAUGUGUGAGAUAUGUGUGAGGGACAUCUCGGAUGGGUGGUGUACAUCCAAAGAUACUGGAAGUUAAUGGUAUUAUUGUGGGGUUACACCAGUGAAAAUGAAGUCAUUUUAUGUACUUUUAAAAUAAUUGUAAGAAUUAUCUGAAAGAAUUCAUUUUUUUUCACGUGACACUAAAAAAUAAUGGCUGGAUCUUUACAUGCCAUAGACAUGGGAAAAAAAAAGACAGUAAGGCCUUUAAAAAAACAAAAUCAAAUAAGAUCACAAAGAAAGAGAGAGCGAGAAGGGUCUCUAAGGAAAAAAUCAGUAAGCUAUGCCCUGUAAACCACAUAUAUGUAAAUGAGAAAUCUUUACACAUCUGCUGACCAAUGCAAAUACUAUAAAUUUUGAUUGUCACAUGUGAGUUUGUGUACACUAAGUACAGCAUGAGCAUGAACCUUCAAGUAAAAUGUAGAGGUGCAAAUUGUUAGAGAUGAAGUGAGAUGGCACAGGCAGGCUGUAGCACUCUCCUCUGCUCCAGACCUAAGAUUUGCAAGAGAAGUAACCGUCAUUAGUGUUCUCAACUACCUCCAAGCCAAGGCAUGCCAUAUAUUAGACAUUUUGCAUUAAGCAAUCUAUUUAGUGGUUCCCAAACUUUGCACAGUAAAGGACGGAAAUGGUAGGAGAAGAGUAGUGCCAAGGACCACUGGUUUGUGUGGACUAGAAACUUAGGAGAAGCAGAAAUGGGAGGAGGAAUAAAGCUGGCCUGUAGGACAUUGCUCUUGAUUAUACUUGACCUGUUUUAGUUGAAGUAAAUCUUCUUGCCUCUAGCAACAAGCAUCUCCUAAUGUAUUUUACCAUUAGAUGUUGCAUUCUUUACAAGUUAUUGAAUGGUUCAUGUUGGCAGACCUCUAGGCAGUUCUCAUUUAGGGCAUCUUUUUGACUCUAAAUAACUGCCUCAGCACUUUUUUUUAAAGGAUAGAAGUAUAUGUUUUUUUGAGAUUACUUAUGUAAUUCUACAGGGCAAAAAUAGAUCAUGUUUGAGAUCCAUCGGCUGUGAUUCUGACCCUGGAAGCUACUUAAAAGAUGGGUUAGAUAUUUAUGAUGCUCCAUCAAAGAACAUUUGAUUUUUGUGUAUUACCAUGGAGUCAUGGGGCUCUGCUGAUAGAAAGCAAUUCUGAUCCUGCUUAAGUCCAUUUGGCAAGAUGCUUAAGACAAAUAUUGUGAUCUUAUUAAUGGAUAAAAGGCAAAAGUUUCCUUAAGAACUAUUAUUAAAGAAUAAAAUUAGAAGAGGUGGUUGCUCAUUUACAGCUUUCCUUUUUCAGCUUAAUUUUGAGUCUGACAUGCAGAGUCUUACUGGGGAGUUAAUAUCCACUGGCUCUGCUACUCAGUUCUCCUGAAAAUGAUGUUGGAGUUUGGCCUCAAUGAAAUGCUUUCAAACAAGUUUUUUUCUGAAAAUAUUUAUAAAUUCUCUCUAGAAAUCUCCCUCUUAAUUCGAUUUCUCAUGUUAUAAGCUCAUAUGCUUUAAUGUGGAAGUGGCAUAAUUGUAAUUGUCUUUUACUCAAGGUAGCCCUUGCCAGUUCCCCAAAAAUUUAGCAGUAAAAACAAGCCCCAAGAGCUGGGGCACCAGGCAUGGCUGCCUGGCCUCGCUGAUCAUCCACAAGCCUGACCUGGUAGGACCUGCUAAAUGGGUGAGAUAGGGCCCCUGGGGGAUUGCCAGCAAGUCACCAAUUAAUACUAAUUGCAUGGGAAAUUAUGGUAACGCUGCAAUGGUUCAUCAGGGACCUGGAAUGAGUUCAUGGCUGUGCUGCACCCUAGGGCUGUGUGUCCCUUGGUGCUUGCUUCUAGAAGAAUACUGCUUGUUGCUUGCUGCUCUGUUCAUUUUUGCAGUGUUUUGAGAUCUCAAUUAUAAUUAAUGUGGAGGAAUCUGAAACAACUGCCAUCUAUUGUGGAGUUGGCUUGGGAAUGUUUGAGUUAAAUUGUAAAACUCCGGUUAGUUUCAGCAGGAAUCAUCACCAACCUCUCUGGAGCUGGGCCAGAUCGCUCCUCGUUUUCUGAUAGGAAUGAAAACAAACCUGAAGUUAUGUGAAAUGUUCGCAACGUGCACACCACAGUCCUUUCAAAACAAGAAAAAUACAGGCGUCUGAUUUUAAAAGGGCUUUCUGCUUUGCCUCUCUGAUUUCCAAGGGGAGCUUUGGAGAAAACUGAGAUUUAAGAUGUUGCCGUCUUCCUCCCAUCCUAGUGACAGCUGUAAACAUCUGCUGAGGGUGUCAUUCAUUAUCUCAUCCUACAGUUGCUCGUUAAGAUUGUGAAGCGCCGUGCCUUCUUGAAAAUUAAACUGGUAAUGCCAUGGGGAGGGAGCGAACAGCCAGCGUGCUCAGAGGCUCUCCAGAGUGUGGUUUUGGAGCAGGGCAAGAGCAGCUGCCGCAUUGGAACUGUGUGCCGGGGAUAACGCCGUGGCAGGGAGGGGACCUGCCUGGCCCCUUUCAGAGGACAGGUGGUGGCAGGUGGGCUGGGUAGGGCAUGCUGCUGUGUCAUCACUGUGGUUUCGCCUCUCCAUCCUGUUCUCAAAGGCAGACAAGGCUUCAAGUCAUAAAUUGUAUUUCAUGUAACUCCUCCCCUGUUUCAGCUGCUUGCUCACGCAGCCACCCACUGAAAUGAAACAAAAAUGUGCGAAGCGAGGCAGGGAGCACUCUCACCAGUGCAGAUCUCGUCUCCUUUCUGGGUGCUAGGGUGCCCGUCCUGCACUGACACCAUCAUCUUCCCUAACAUCCCAGAGCUUUGCCUAAUCACAAAUACAUAUGCAUUUUUCUCCCAUCCAUUCUCAUCAGUCCGUACUCCAAGAAGAAGCAAAAAGAAAAGUCUGGGGCAGUACGUGAGCGUGCCUUUGUGCCAGCGCUGGCUCGGGCUGACAGAGGCGGCUUUGUUCCCCGGCUGUGGCCAGCUUGGCAGCCAGGGAAGGUGGGGGUCUGCGCCGCAUACGGAAUCGGCCCGCGGCCGAGGACGGGGGUCCCGAAACUCCGAGAGCUGCCUGAAUGACAGGAGGGAGUUUCACAGCACCCCGCUGGCAGCUUGUCCUGGUGUCUUCUGCACAAUGCAAGUGGGGUUCGGGAUGAGGAGUCCUUGUUAACUGAAGCACAGAAGCUUUUGCUUCCUCCCUGGGAGAGGCUGUAUGAAGACUAGCGUGGCCGGUGCUGUAAGAAACAGAAGGUGCAUGCAGCACAGAUGCCAGCCUUGUCCAAGGAAUAACCUCUUCAUCCCCAAGUGACGGCAGCUCCUGCUGGGACCAUGGGGCCAGAGGGUGGUUUCUUAGGCAGUGGACAGGUCCACAUCAUCCUGUGGGGAAGUUUGGCAGCCGUGACAACACUCUUGUUCCUCACUUUCCUCAUCUUCCUCUGCUCCAGCUGCAACAGGGAAAAGAAUGCCAAACAUCAGAAUGGAGAUCAUGAAAAUCUGAUGAAUGUGCCUUCCGAUAAGGAGGUGUUCAGCCACUCCAUCACAAGUUCGGCCACAGAGCCCCCUCCGAGCAGUGAGCAGAACGGGGUGCUCAGCAAUGGCGAGGUACUCUCAGAGGACAGUACAACUGCAUGUAUCCAGCCUUAUGAAGAAGUACAAACAUCUGUCUCUGAUCUGCUAGAUCAACAGGAUAGUCUCGGAAAGUCUAUAAAAUGUCACCAGAGCCGGGAACUACCCAGUAUUCCCCCUAACAAUACCAUGGAAACCAUCAUCUCAGCUAGAAAUGCAGAAAAUGAUCAAGGUCUUGGAAUGGAAGGACCUUACGAAGUCUUGAAAGACAGCUCUUCUCAAGAGAACAUAGUCGAAGACUGCUUGUAUGAAACUGUGAAGGAAAUCAAAGAUGUUGGAGCAGUAGUCAGCAUGGAAGGAAGUUGUAACAGCAAAUCAAAGGCUUCACUGACAAUUUCUGAAGGUCAGGAUCACAUUCCUGAGUGCAGAAUUGAAUCAGCAGAAUAUGCAUCUGUUGACCGAAAUAAAAAAAGUCGUCAAAGUGCGAAUUCAGAAAGCCCUCUUGACAACACACCAGAUGUAGAGGAUGAGCUUCCCCCUCCGGUACCCAUGAAGCUUCUUGAUGAAAAUGAGAAUGUGCAAGAGAAAGAAGUGGAAGAAGAAGUGACAGAAGGAGCAAGUAAACCAGAGAAGAGGCUUAGUUCGAUGUCUUACAAGUCUCGAGAGGAAGAUCCAUCUCUUACAGAAGAUGAGAUCUCAGCUAUGUACUCAUCUGUGAGUAAGCCAGGACAGGCCAUCAAAGCACUGGAUUCUCCUUACACCUGUAUCCAAGAAAUUGUGUCACAGAGGUCCCCGUCGGUUUGCAGUGGCCUCUAUGCAAGUGUGAAGGACUUUGAAAACACCCUAAAUGCUACCACUGUGCCUCAGUCAGCGGACAGACCAAACGGGGAGCUGGAGCCUGACUAUGAAGCUAUCCAGUCUGUGAGCCGAGAAGAAGACAGGACCUUGUCUGUGCCUCAUACAAACCACUCUGCUCUUUCGGGAGAGAAUGACUAUGAGAGCAUAGGGGACUUGCAGCACCACGGGGAUAUCACCAGACUUUAACUACUCUGGCAGGCAGAUUUCAGCAUGUAUUUUACUCGCUGGUAUUUUCAAAGGAACAUGUGAAACAUGGAGAGAAAAGUGCUUCUCCUUUUGAAGAACAAAGCUAAGUAGAGGGCAAAAGUUGUGAAGAAGCAGCGUACAUUUCAGCCAGGGUGUGAUACCCAUAGAUUAUUCUGGGUGGUGGAUGGAGGCUCAUGGGAAAGGGUAUGUCAGGUCAGAAUGACGACCAGGACAACGUAAAGGCUUCUUUAUUGUUACUUCCACAACAACCAGAAUUUGUGAUGGAGUACAGGGCUUGUCAUCCCAAUAGGAUUCCAUACCAAAAAGACUGCCUUUACACAAAGCUAACUUUUCAUUUGAAAAGAUUAUUUUAUGUCAUUUGCUUCCAAGCAGUUUUUCAUGCAUCAUUUUCAUUCAAGUGCGGACAUCCACAACAUUGAGCAAAUCACAGAUCAUCGUACCUCAGCUCAGACUUACCUAGCAGGGCUGGGGACAGUGUGCUCACUUCUCUGUGUUUUGGGGAGCUCUGUCCAUGUUCAUUGCAACUAAAGUGCAAACAACAGUACUUCACAAGGGACCUAAUCCAAAUGUACUUGAAUUCAUUCUGUUGGCUUUUUCUUUUCUUUAAUGUCAAGGGCUGUAGCAUAUGACUUGCAAUAUUUGAGAUGUGUACUGAUAUUUGUAGAUUUUUUUAAAUUAUUUGUGCAGUACUGCAAGUGACACCCUUAGUAUUCUUGUGCCACUUCCCUCACAUGAGCACAUAUAUCUACACAUACACACCAGACAAUUACCAUGUUGAAAAAAGUUGUGCAAACGAAUGCAUUGGCUUAGUGUUUAGUCUAACCUUAACAGUGUUGAGUCCUUUUUUUUAAGAAUUUUGUCCUUUUGUAAGACUGAAAAUAUUUUAAUGUUUGUCUGGUUUAUUAUAUAGGAAAAUUUAUGUACUCUGAGUGGGUGAUAUUUUUUAUUUUUACAACUUAUUUUUCAUCUUCAAAGUCUUUGUAGAUAACUUACUGUUUUAUGUAACAGGAGGAAUCCCAUUCUUUGGGCUUUAUUCAGUUUUCCUUUAAUAUUUUUAAAUUUUUUUCUAUUUCAGAAGUAUGUAAAUGAACAGUUGCUUUUUUUUUUUUUUGGUCUUCUUGAACAGGGAUGUGGAACAUGCCUUGCUGUUUUUAAGCUCAAAAUAAUGGAGCCUAUGUAAAAGAACACUGCCUAAGGGCAAAAAAAGAAGCAGAAGAGACAGUGGGAUUUAGUCUGGCAUGGCUGCUGGUCCUCCUUGUUCCUCUGCUAAAAAGAGCAGGAGGGCGACCAAGAACUUCUUGGGCCUCUGACAGGCAGUUUGAUAGCCACUGGCUUUUCAAAGUUAUCAAGUUAUUCUGUUACUAUUAAAAAGUACGGUGCUUGUAUGAAAUAAGUAGGUACUGGGUUGAUACGUUUAUUUUCUUCAAGAAUAGUGGAAUGAAUAGUACAAUAGUACAAGAGUAGUCCAACAGUAGAGAACUGGCAUUGUGUGAUAUGCAUUUGUACACAUUUAUGUGUACACAUGUGCAUAUAUCCCCAUGUAUAUAAGCAUACACAUGUAGUUUGGACACAAGCAUAAACUAUGGUCUGAACCUGGUAGUAUUCAAAUAACAUUGACAUAUGUAAUAUUUGGCAUGUGCUUGAAGAGUACUUUCUUUUCAAUUCAAAGUAAAUAGUAUAUAAACUGAGGUUGGCUUAUUCCAUAGUAACCUAGAACAGGUUUACUUUCAGUUCGGUUGGUACUGGAUUUUGAUAUAUCAGGUUGAGUCCUUCUCAGAUCAGUGGCCAGUGCUCAACAUUAGCUGGUACUAUAAAGCGCAAACAAACAUCUGGUUAUACACAUUUAUUAGAAAUAACUUCAGAACUGAAGGAAGUGUACUAAUUUAUGUGCUUUGCGUGUAAGGAGUAUGGCCCUGAGGAGAGCAGCCAAACUCUGCCCGCAGAGUGAUUCAGACUUUGUGGGUCCUGACCUCACGUGGCAGUGCAGUAUGUGCGAGCUAUGACUCUUCUUCCAAGGAAGAUCCAUCCAUCGGGUUCUUGACCAUGCCACCAUGCUUCCAGAGCUGCAGCAAACCCUUUGCUUCCACUUCACUGCAGUGCUUUUUAAAGCUGACUUCAGUCUUCCUUUCUGGAAAUUUUUCGCUCAAAAAAAGGUUUCUGUUCCCUUUACUGUGAAUUCAUUAAGUUCGCUUUUUGACUGUUCUCUCCUUCUGCUUCACACUGUUUAAGGCCAAAGAUAAGAUGCACCACGUUUCAUAAGAUCUUUUGUGCUAAGUCUGGAGAAUUUCUGAAGUCUUUAACUAUGUGUUUGCGGUCUGUUCCUUGCUCAGGGGUAGGGGCUUAUAUAUGUAGUCCUCAGACUGACUCCUGCAUCUUAGUGGCAGGCACACCCCAGCUCCUGAAAUUCCCAAAUACAUCUCAAGAUGCAGUUAUCCCUUAAAGAUUGUCUUACUCAUGAUGUGGACAACAGCUUUUGGAGAAACAGUAGCAACGUGAGGCUUGUCAGGUUCACUAGAUGCAGUUUCAAGACUAGUGUAAAAAUAAAAAAGAAUGCCAGCUAACAAUAAUGAGGCAUAACACCGAACUCUUGAUUAUAGCAUUUGAAGGUGGAAGAGGAGAAAAUCAAACGUCACUGUAGAAGUGCCCCCGUGGAGAUCAGCAAGCCAAAGCGAGGAGGAGGGCUGCCCCACUGCUCUCUGCGGUCUUUCAGAGCAGAAUAAAGAGUGUUGGUUUGGGGAAAGGGCUAUGAGACUCAGCUCCUUCCUUUCUUUACCCUGUUCCAACAGCUGUUCCUUGAGACCACCAGACAUCCCUUUUCCACAGUGAAAUCCCUUCCCCUCUCUUUUUUCUUGUGCUUUUAUUUCAAACCUGCUUCACCCGGCCUCGCACUGGGAGCUGGUGCUGAGUUUGCAGUCCUGUGGUGCUGGCACGUUCCUUCCCAUUUAAAUGACUGUUGGGCUGGUCACCACCUUUUCAGCAUCCACCAGACCCUCAGCCAGGUGGGGAAGGAGCUCAGGUUGUGGAUUGCUCCUGGCAACGUGUGCAUCUGCCCUCAGCUGUUGAGAACCCCCUGCACUGGGAGCUGCAAAAAGGAAUUACUCUCCUGAACAAGGACGCACAGAGGAGUCCAUAACUCCCCUACAGUCUCCAUUAUAGUCUAAUGCUGAAGAAAAACAUUUUAGAAUUCGGUCCAAGGUUCUUAAGUGAAUAAUGACAUCUUGACAAAUAAUCAAGCUUCUGUUUUCAUUCCCUCUUUCCAGAAAUAAGAUCUGUUCCUUUAUAGCUGUUGCCAAUGCUUCCUUUUUGCGAAUAUACUGGAUGGAAAGAUUUUUCCAACAGUAAUCCCCAAAUAGAUUGAUCUGACAGGAAGGAGAAGGGAGUCUCUCCUAUUUUUCUCUUAAUUGCUGUUUUUUUCUCUUUCACCGUAUGGCUAAAUAAAAUGCCAUCAUCCAAAUUUAAGUAUUUGUUACCUGGUGAUCUUUUCUGGGGAGGCUUCACAGUCUGUUUCAGGGGUGUCAAACUCAUUUUCACUGGGGGCCACAUCAGUAGUUAGAUUUAUACAGUCCUAAAAUUACAUUCGGCCCUCUGAAGGCAACCGUGAGGCUGAUGUGUCCCCCAGUGAAAAUGGGUUUGACACCCCUUGUCUAUCGCUUUGCCCCCAUUUUUUGUCAUAACAAUGUAAGGUCUCACAUCAUGUUGCCACAGUGAGGCCAAGACAACCUGUAAUGUGUGUAUAACUACACUAGUGUAAAGGUCUUUGCUGAUUUCCUUCUGGGAACUGGUAGAAAUAGGAAAUGCAGUUUAGAUAUCUUUUCCAUAAAUCAUGUGGGAGUUGUUCUGAUCACAUACCUAAACCAGUUCUCGACACAUACCUAAACCAGUGCUAACUCCAUACCUAAACCAGUUGCCCCUUUCUAUGAUGGCACAGAAUUGCUUUUUCAGUCAUGGAAACAGGUUCUUUACAGAUACUUGUAGCACAGGCAGGUGCCUCAUUGCCACCAUUAGAUCAGUUAUAGUGCCUUUUUUAUGAAGUAGCUAGUACGUGCAUACUCUUUUCCAUACUGUGUUUGUUUAAUACAAGGCUACAAAAAGACAACCCCCACUUUGUCUAAGUUGGAAGCAGCUUUACAGAGACACUUUAAAUGUACUGGACCUCAUUUAGCCCUACAAUAGCAAUAGUCUCUAACAAAAGUCCUUUAAAAGGCGCAGUACUGUAGCUUUGAUGACUAAGCUUUGCAAUAAGAAUUAUCAGUCGUCUUCUGAAGUUUUUCAACAGUGAGCAUUCAAGGAGGUGGUGGCCUUUGUCCAUGUCAACUGUGAACAAUUAUUAAUAGUUGCUUCAGUCUUUGUAUUAAUAUCAGUUGCAGGCUUGCUUACAUGUAGCAGGAUUUGUGGGGGGUGAGUAGGUGAAGGGACUCAUAUUUGUGAGUCACCCAGAGCUGGACCAUCCCCACAGCAGCAACCGGCUGAGAACCAGCUGCCUUUGUUCUUUAAGCCCUCGUCUGUCCUGCCUUCAGGGAAUCCAUCCUGCGGGGAUUCUUCUGGGCUGUGUCCAUCUCCAUAGCUCCCUGAACGGCUCCUGUCUGCUCUCUUGGUCACAACGCUGUACACGCGGUGCUCUCUGUUCAACCUUUCAAUGGUGCUUUUAUCAGAUGCUGGAUAAAUGGUUUCAAUGUGCUCUCUGAAAGCUGACGUGCGAAGUUGUGACACAGACCACUCUCUCUGGCAUUGUCUGCUUCCCGGAGCUCAGCGGUAACUGUUCCUCUGACUACAGAAGGCUGACAGCGCUGCCCUGUCUCGUGUUCAUCCCACGCACGCUCAGGACCGAGUCAUCACGUGUAACAAGCCCAGCUUUUGCCACGGGUGUUUAAACACAGCCAUUUGGGCCAAGUGCCUCGGCUCGCAAGCAGCUGGAGACGUGACUCUGUGCAGCGUGGGAUUGGAAACAUCAUUGAGCCAAGCGCAAGGACUUUUUCCUGUCUCUGAUUGUGCAUUUACCUUUGUUUGCAAUAUGACUGUAAUAAAUCUGUUCCUGCGACAAGCGUUUUAAUUUGGGCCACACUCCAAUGAGGGAUUUUUGCUCUUAGGUGAAUUACCAGUUAAUUCAGAUGAGUGUUAUUUAGGGAGGCUGGAACAUGCCUGAAUAAGGCUGUUAUGUGCCUCCCAAGUAACUUGCUGUGUGUAGUCUACUGCAAAAUGGGAGACUGCAGAAAGAGGCUCAGUCUGACAGGUGCUCCUGUGGUGGUGUGCUCAAGACUUUCAACAGCAGGUCUUCUCCUGGGAGAAGGUAGCAUAAUUGCUAUUAAUAUAAUUUCAUACCCUGGUGCUGAAGUUGAUUUCUAGAUCUCUUUUGGGAUGGUCAUGGCUGAAGACAUUGCCAGAGCAGAUCUCAGCCUCCAAAAACCAAACAUUUCUGAAAGUGUUUUUAUAUUGCUUGCUAGCUUGCAACAUAUGCUGAGGAUUAUGCUAAAGGUAAAUGCUACGGAUGGAAGAUCACAGAGAUAAAAACACAGGGUUCCCUUUCUUCAAGGAGAGAGAACCCCUUUUGUUUGAGUCAGUAUGAAAGAUCCUAGGCUUACAAAAAGCAUUAAGCAACAAUAGUAUUAAACAAAUUAUUUGCCUAUGUGGUAAUUUUCCAGGAGUGCGUUAGGGUAUCACAUACACUAGACACUGUUAUUUUCCUGUGGACAACAGAAAGAUGAAAGCUUAUUUGUAAUACCAGGUUCCCAUUGAUUAUUAGUAAUUGAUAAAACUUAUUUUACAUGUAAGCCAAAGGUCAGGCAGCAUGUCUACACAAUGUAGAUAUAUUUAAGCUAACUCUAAAUAAUCCAGCUCAGGUGUUGUAGGCAGAGUCACUACAACAAUUUUAAUGCUCUGUUUGAUCUGACCUGCUCAUGUAGCACCCCACUUUCCACAGCAAAUGUGUGGAUUAUCUUCGUAUAACAUACCCAUUGGCCUGUGCCUACUCUGUAGGUAACAUAAAACUUACAGUUCUGAUUUUUCAAGUUGUGAGGCUUUGUUUCUGGAGGUCUUGAGUUUCAAACUGUCGAGAAAGACAGUCACUGCAAACAGGAUAGCAAAGUGCCUAAAAAUAAAGAUGUUUCUGUGAAGGUAAAGAUACUCACUGUUACUGCACAGCAACUUGUCUACUGUAUGUGAUCCUCUCUUGCCAUACACAUUCAUGACUAUUGGGUUUCAUUUGUGAUGCUCAUUUAUUGUUAUAGUAGCACAGUCUGGGAAGUCGUCUGUCUCUGCAAAUUUAUUGUCUAAUUUUAACUAGCAUAUGUUUGUUACAGAAAAUAUAAAAUGAGAUUCUUUCUUCAGGUUAGAGGGCAGCUAUGUUAUUCCUUGUAGUUUGUGACAGUGCAACAAUCUGCUUAGAUGAUUUACAAAGCAUGUAAGUAUCACCUGACUUCAAAAUGCUUCGUUUGAGAUUUCAGAUGGCCUCUUGUUCACUAGAAGACAAUGUUACUAACUCUUGUCAUUUUAGUCCUGUAAUGUUAGGGGAAGGGGUUUUAAACCUUACAAAUCUUAUUACUUAAAACAAACAGUGCUAAUGUUUUGACUUCCUAACGUCUGCAAAGUGACUCUCAUAUUUUAACCUUCAACAUAGGUUGGAUUUGGACUACCUUCUUGUUUAUGGGACUGCUCCUCCUCAUCAUGUUCAGCUGUCACCAUCCAAGCAUCUCUUUUGUCCUUGAUGAAAUAUGGCAACUGUCCAAAGGGUACAAAAACUGCAUCAUGUAAGACUUCUGAAUGGGACCUUUUCAAUAUGCCUGUGAGAUAUAGGAGCCUGGACUUAAGUCAGAGGUUUUGGGAAAAUUACAUCCCAUCUUGCGGAUUUCUGUGGAGGUCUUCACUUUCUUUCAAGGCAAGAAGUUCUGUCACUUGCAAGCACUCAACUGACAUGGAAAGAUUUAUGUAAGGGGUGAACUGGUACCAUGUUUAAAUCUAUUUGUAAAAAAAAAAAACUAUGAGCACAAGAGCCUUCUUUCUCAUGUGCUUGAGGAUACUGGAAUUUGGUCUUUAUUGUUGAGGCUAUUUGAGAAUAGUCACGUAAACAGUCUUCUCAGAACGUCCCACAAGUGUGUGCAUAUGGAUCUCUGGUAGCUCCUGAGUUUCCACACGUGCCACCUUCAUCUUUUCCAGCAGGACCUGUCUCUGCCCUGUGGUGAUGAUGAUUUAGGAAUGGCCCUUUGCUUUGCAGUCCUGACCAUUUUAACUUAAGAAAGUGGGAGGUGAGCUGCUUCUCCUCAGCCUGACUAAUCUUUGUAGAUGAAAGUGCCAAGAGCCCACCUGCAAACCCAGAAAAGAGCAUUUGCUGUCAGGGCAAGACAGGUACAGCCUACUGCAGCAGUUAUGGAGAGAGAGGUAAAAGGAACAACAGCAAAGUUUCAUUUGCACUUAACCUGCACCACAGACGACCUGUUCAGAAAGAUUUUUGACAGCAGGAGAGGUUACAGCGAAGGGACAAGUUGCCAAGAAUCUCACAGGAGAUAGAUGGCGUCAUUUAUUCUUCUCAAGGAGAAGGGGCAGGGGCAAGUCCUCUUUGCCCCACCAUGAUGCAGUUUGCUGAUCUUUCAUGAUCCUCCAUAUCAACAGAAAUGAAAUGAAAAUAAAUUCUAAACACAUGGUUUUGUUCUAUCAUAAAUCCAAAAUGGACAAGUGUAGGUGCACUAAUGUAAGUACCAUGUGCAGAUCUGGACUUGCACAGAUUUUUUAGCAAAAAAAAACCCAAUAGAAUCGCUUUAUUUAUAGAUAAUUAUUUGCAUGUGUGCAGGAUUGGACCCUAAGAGUUUAGAAGAAGCUUGGUUUUGUGCUAGGUAUUUUUGUUUGUAUUUUCAGUGAAAUAUAUUUUCUUUCUUUUAUGUUAGUGAAUUAAUAUGACAUCCAUAGGAACAAGAAAAAAUAGUCUUCUGUAUGGAUAAGUAUCUCUAAUAGCUAUGAUUAAAAUCAUGCCUCAGUAGGAGUCACUUUAAAUUGGGUGCUAUCAGAACUUCAUCGUAAAAUUGGUUUAUAUAUGGAACACUGCAUACUUAAAAUAUAGUGGAUAUAUAUUUCUAAUUACAGACACUGUCAUGUAUUUUAUCCAUUGUUUUAUAAUGGAAAAAAUAUUUAUUACUGGAAUGGUUUUCCAGCAAUGUUCUCUUACUAAACGUUCUUGCAACAAACUGUGUUUUCUGACAGCCGUUUUAUUCCCUGGUCACUGAUGCUGCAAAACAUCCUCAAACCAGUAGAAGCUUCUGAAAAGAGAGGAUUAGAAGUGUCUCUGGCUGUCUUUGUGUGGAGGCAGUUAAAUACUGUAUAGUUCAGACCCGGAGGCAGUGAGAGCAGCUCGAAGAACAGACUGUACUAUAUAACCCUGGAGUCAGUGCAUGCAGACUCUGGAGGCGGCAGUUUGCUGAGGCUUGUUUGCUACAUGAUGGGUUAUUUGGCUUGCUACCUGUUGGAAAUCAAUAUCAUUUCAUUAACACCACUGCAGACACUGAAAUACUGUAGUUUUGCAGAAUGUAUGUUCCAUAAAUUGUAGCUUGACUGUAAUUGCAGGACUUAUCCUACUGUUAGAGCAGUUCAGAUCCAACACUAAGUUGCAUUUUGUAAAUUGAUAAAUGCCAUUAAAUUCUUCUCGACAUUAUGUAGCAGUAUACAUGAGUUGAUGUAAUUUAGUCAUGCCAUUAUUUCAAGAAUCUUCAUCUGAUGUUUCUAGCCAAUUCAGCUUUUUGGCUGCUGAAAGCACAGUGGGUAAUUAUGGUUAUUUACUGUAAAUGUAGACAAGUUUUAUGUAAAUAUUUCGGGGGGGGGGGGAAAUGCUACAUAUGAGUCAGUUAUCUAAAAGUAAGAACAUAGGUCAAUAAUAUAAAAUACAUGUUUUAUUUAUGUACAGUAGUAUCCUAAUAUUUACUUGUUUAUAUGCAGAAAAAAUCUGAAGAUUCUGUACUGUAUUCUCUGAAAGCUUUUAAAAGAGGCUCUGACAUUUUAUCUGGUUAAUAUAUUUGCAAAUAACUUUGGAAUUUAUUGGAAAUCUGUGUAAAUUAUGUCAAAUGGGAAAUGUUACACUGCAAUGAAAUGAGUUUAAUUCAAAAUGCCUGGCAAAAUCCAGUGGAUUGAAAUCUAUAUAUGAAUUCAAUAGCCAGACAGAAUAAAACACAAUAAGAAAGCA